AUGAGCGGUGGCAGGUUUGACUUUGACGAUGGAGGGGCCUACUGCGGGGGCUGGGAAGGGGGCAAAGCCCACGGGCACGGCAUCUGCACCGGGCCCAAGGGCCAGGGCGAAUACUCGGGCUCCUGGAACUACGGCUUCGAAGUGGUGGGAGUCUAUACCUGGCCCAGCGGCAACACCUACGAGGGCUACUGGUCUCAAGGCAAGAGGCAUGGCUUAGGGAUCGAGACCAAAGGGCGGUGGCUUUACAAGGGCGAAUGGACACACGGCUUCAAAGGAAGGUAUGGGGUCAGGCAGAACGUCAGCAGUGGGGCAAAAUAUGAAGGCACCUGGAAUAACGGGCUGCAGGACGGUUAUGGCACGGAGACCUAUGCUGAUGGAGGUAAGCCUGGGCGGAAGGAAGUUGCUGGCCAGUGGGCUGUUUUCUCUCUGGGCUGCAGGGUGGAAAGCAGGGCAGGGCAGGGUCCUGGGAACCAGGCAAUGUGAUAAGUGAGCUAAUGGCUGUGGCUCAUUUAGCAGGCAAAGAAUUGAGUUCUGAUCCCUCAACUGAUGCUGGACAGGUGAGAUUAAGGCCCUGUCCUCAUCUUUCCAGCAAUGCAUGCUUUAUACAAAAUCUCAGCCCAGCAUGCCUGUUUGUGCACAAGGGCUCCUAGGUGCAUAGACAUUAGUGGGCGCACUUGCCGUUCUAAUGUAGCUGCUGAAUGAACCAUGCUGUCUGUGUGCUUGAAAGAAAAAAGGCUUCAGGUCAAAAAUAGCCCAUUCCCAGUGGCACUUCUUAGUGCUCAGAGGUUGACGUCACAAUGGGACCAUUGCUUGGAUUCUUCUGCAGUGCGAGUUGUGUGCCAGCCAGUUGUUCACUGGAUGUGUGGUCAUUCCACAGCAUGCGCCAGAUCUUGCCGCUUGGUUGACCAUCUAGUGUGCAACACCGAAUGCAUCCAGAAGUGGCCGGCAGCUUCUGCCCAUGGCAGAGGAGGUAGAAGGUGCUGCUGAGAUAGUACUGCUUGCAAAAAGGCAACUUACUGGAUUCCAAACCUGAUGGUUGUCUAUGUUUGUAAGAAAAGUCUGCUGGACCAGGCCAGUGGCCCACCUAGCCCAGUAACCUGUUCUCAUAGUGGCCAACCAGAUGCCUAUGGAAAGGCCGGCAGCAAAAGUACAUGUGUGUGCACUUAUAACCAGACACAGAGUUUACCCGGGUCUAGGGACAUUCCUCUUUCAGACAUUGUUAUAGGUGGCUGAGAAAUCACUUUUUAGAACAGUAGUUAAGUUUUCCCUUUAGGAAAAGCUGGUGCAAACUUAAGAGCUUAAAUACCUUCCUUAACAUGAUGGUUCCUGAAAAGAAAUAGAUAAAUCUGAGACUAAUGGAGAUAUGUUUGGCCAUUCUAAAGCAGACUGUGGCCUAAUUAGACAACUAUUAGUACUUUUAAUACAUAAUCCGAUGGGGAUUUAUCGACUGUUGUAAUGACUCAAGAUCUUCGUUCAGCCCAAUUUGUCCUUUCUGUUUAGCAAGCUCAUUUUUUCAGGGCAAGCAUGGAGGGAGGGAGGGAGCAGCUGUGGGGGGAGAGCCCUUGUUGAACAAAUGCUCAGCAAUUGGUGACAAAUAGGGAGAAAAUGUUCAGCAGCAGGUGAUAAGAUGCUGUUAUUGCUAAUGUGUUUUUCCCCCCUGUGCAAGUUCAUCUGAAAUCUUAGGUCCUGUUUGAUUUCAUGUAUGUGAAUCUAUGUGGUAUGCAUUGUAUUAGAUAUUCCAUAUGCUGUGGUGGGCCUGUGUAGCUCUCCUAUAUUGUGGACAAGCAAAAUGCCUGCCGUAGUGAUGGAUUGUGAUGUGAAUGGAGGGCUUAUAUGCUGCUGUGGGUUAGAGAUAACAUUGCACUUCCUGCAUGAGCGUCCUUUGCAAAGACUGGGUCAUGCCAUGUCAGGAGUGGAGGUUGGGUUUUGCUCUCCUUGCCUUGCUCUCCCCAAGCGGAGAGCUUAACUUUCCUAUGGGACUGAGUGGAAGACAUUCACUUUUACCCAAAGGCUGCAUUUAGGGGUACCAUUGGGGGAAGGGCUAAGACUGUUCCCAGUUGCUGAUGUUUCUGUCCUGGGAAUCAAGCCAAGUCCUAGCUGUGUUCCUAUCCUGCUCUUGGUUUUGUUUCUUGGUCACGCUAGCAGGGCCCAAGCAGACGGGGCUGGAGGAACACUUUCUGUAGGCUCACCAGUCUAUGGUUGCAGACCCCAAGCCCAUAACCAUGCAGCAAAAACUGGCAACUGAAUUGCAAAUCAUGUUUGAGGAUGCAGUUUUAUUUCUCUGUACCUGUACAAGAUGCCUAUAUCUUGUGAGAUUGGCUGGAGCCAAUCAGAAGCAGUGUUAGAAUAGCAAGCAAUAUUAAUAUGCUGCAAGCCCAUGCCCUCCUCCAGAACAGAAAAUUCUAGGACUCACAGGCAGAAGUGGGCUGCCCUACCCUAUGCAAUAUGAUCUCUCGUGAACUACAAGUCCCAGAGUUCCUUAGCUCCUGAUGGCAUAUCCUCUAUAGAUAGGCAGGAGGAGCCAACAGGGUGCGACCUCUGAAUGGCAAGACAUCAAGAAUCCAGGGGCAGCUGGAGCUAGUGCGGUUGUUUAGGAUUUAGAGGCCCCCAAGCACCUGGUCUCUAGACUGGAGUGGCAAAACUUUUCCCCCUCAAAGGCCACUUUGUCUCCUGGGGAAGUUUCUAGGGGCUGCAUUCCAGUGGUGGGUGGGGCCAGAGGCAAAAGUGGGUGGAGCAACAGGUAUGCAUUUUCUUCCAGUCUUCCCCCUCCUGGAAUAGAAGUACAGUGGUACCUUGGGUUACAUACGCUUCAGGUUACAGACUCUGCUAACCCAGAAAUAGUGCUUCAGGUUAAGAACUUUGCUUCAGAAUAAGAACAGAAAUCUUGCUCUGGCGGCGUGGCAGCAGCAGGAGGCCCCAUUAGCUAAACUGGUGCUUCAGGUUAAGAACAGUUUCAGGUUAAGAACAGACCUCCGGAACGAAUUAAGUACUUAACCCGAGGUACCACUGUACUUGCAUCUUAAGGCUGUAUGCAAUGAAUACAGAUAUUUUACAUCAGGCAGAAACGUAAGGAAUUACAACAAAGGGACUGAAAAUUGUUUGGCAAAGACUUCUGUUGGAGGGAGAAGGAGGAUAAUGUUUGUACCAUUCCCAGAUAAACAUUGUCUGUACUAACAAUUAUGUUAUAAACUGGCUGUUAUCUAUUAACAAAUCUGUUAUAUGCCCCCUUUUGCCAGAAUGACUACGGAGUAGUUUACAAAAAUAAGAGCAAUACAAUAAAAAUGUGCAGAUACAGCGGAUUAAAACAAAACAUAGAGAGGUUACCUGGGUCUUUUGUCAUGGUGCAAACAUGCUCUGCAUAUCCAGCACCACCCGUUUCAAAGCUUAAAUGCAAACCAAAACUGAACUUGCUUUAAUUUAAGAGUGAGGAGUUUUAUACGGCAAUAUAAGCAGUUCAUCAGGGUGUCAAGCAAACCAUGCCAGUUGUUGGGAGUGUCACAAAUGGAUCUGAAGCUGUAGGUUUCAGAAUGACAACUUUUGUUCCCGUUCCUAGAGAUGUGUGUUAGCAAGAGUUACUUAGUGGCAGGGGGAAAUGCACUUUGUACGUGCCCAGAGGUGCUGCCUUACUCUCAUGUUCCAGCCAUUCAAAAUCAGUUCUGGAGUUGAGGUCUGGCAAGUUCUCUUUGCUCAAACACCGUCAAUAUGUGCAUAUGUUUGUUUUUGAGAUAAUAAUGGGAUUUCAGAAAGCGAGUCCAUCCACAAAGCUGUUUGGAAUAUGCAGAACUCCAAGGAGAUUGAAUGGUGAAGCUGCAGCAGCUGCAUAUUUCUUACAGUGGUUGACUAUUUCCUUUUCUAGUCUACCAUAAUGAUUGCUGUACUUCAUUUUUGUGAUCUUGUCCAGUAGGUGGAGGUGGCUAUUUUUUCUGUUUAAUUACUUAACUUGCAUAAAAUAACCAAAUAAAACUGAACUUGCAGAAUAAUAAUAGUAAUUUGUUUUGCCUACUUUUUGUGGGCUGUUUACAGGCUUUUGAAUGUUUUCUGUCUUCACACACUUGUAAUUUUGUUCUGUGAGUUAUCUUUCUUUUCUAGGAGACCAUUUCUUCCAGAUGUCUUUUGAACUGCUUUGUAAACUAGCUUCCAUGGUGAUUGAUGGCUUCAACCAGCACUAAAACCAGUGGGGGUAGAUUUGGCAUUGAGAUUUUGCAGGUGCUCAUAUGGCUCCUGCCAGCUCCUUCAAUAGGAGAAGCCAGGGAAGAAGCGGUGGAAUGUAAUUGCAUGGCUAUUUUCUCCCUCAAAACACUAGUAAGAUCUUUAAUGGGUGUCUUUGGUAACAAGCAGUAUUAUGAGAGGUAUACCGUCCAAUGAGUGCUAUUAAUAAGUAUUGCAUAGUGGCUAAGGGACUGAACAAGGACAUCUUUGCUUCACAUCUCAUCUUGGCUGCAAACCCACUACGUGGCCUUAGGGAAGCCACUAUCUCUCAGCCUCAGCAUCCCUGCGCAGAACCUGAAAAUAACGAGUAGAAUGCUGCAACAAAAUGUUGUAGCUUAUCCCUGGUGUGUGUGUUACCUGAACUGGAAGUGUGAGUGGUUGGCACCUAAGAGAGAAGUCCCUGCUUCUACUUGGAGUCUUACUUCAUGUGCAAAAUUUGUUUUGUUUUAUUUUCAGUUUUUGAACAUUUAAAAUGGCAACUAGUCUGCAUGUCUGCAUGCAAGUCAAUGGAGCGUGAGGAUUCUGCAUGCAACUGAGUGCUUGAUUUGGUCUGGGGGAGGUCUGAGGGGACAGUUUUAAGUAGAUUUAUCUUAGUUGCAGCCUGAGAUGUCCCAAUAUGUGUCUGAAUUAGCUCCUCCUCUGAGCUCAGUAUUAACAAUGUACUACAUAGUAGGUCUAUCAUAAGCUGCUCUUUCUCAACACAGCCUUGAAACCUGCAGUAGGAUUAUGGCAGUGAACAACACCUUAGAGUUCUUGUAUAUUAUACUCACCCCAACCUGCAAAGGGAGGAUAAAAACUUUGUUGUAAGACAUUCUCUCGGUUUCAGACCAAGCUGCGAUAGGGGCUAAUACUUCUGAAAACCACUCAGUGUUCAGUGUGAAUUACCCUGCAGAGCUGCCAUAAACCAAUCUGCUUCUAAACCUGUAUUGUGAGGAGAGUUAAAAGGUAAAGGGACCCCUGACCGUUAGGUCCAGUCAUGGCCGACUCUGGGGUUGGGGCGCUCAUCUCGCUUUAUUGGCCGAGGGAGCCGGCGUACAGCUUCCUGGUCAUGUGGUCAGCAUGACUAAGUCACUUCUGGUGAACCAGAGCAGCGCAUGGAAAUGCUGUUUACCUUCCCGCCGAAGUGGUACCUAUUUAUCUACUUGCACUUUAACGUGCUUUCGAACUGCUAGGUUGGCAGGAGCAGGGACUGAGCAACGGGAGCUCACCCCAUCAUGGGGAUUUGAACCGCUGACCUUCUGAUCAGCAAGUCCUAGGCUCUGUGGUUUAACUCACAGCGCCAUUAAAUCAGAACUGUCAGAACCUGAGCUGAAGAUAAAAAUUCCCAGGUUCAAUCCAAGCAUGCCCAGGUUGGGGGGGGGGCAGAGAUCCCAGUCUGAAACCCAGGAGAGAUGCUAUCAGCCGCUGACUGUAUUGGCUGGCACAUGACACCAUAAAAUUAUUAAAUUAUACUCUGCACAAGCAGGAAUCGUGGUUUCUUUUGCCCUAACAAGCAAUGAUUGUUAAGCUACCUUGAAGCCACGGUUUGUGGUUGGAUUAGUGAUGGUGGUUUUGUUAGGGUAGAGGAAACCACAACCCCAGGUUCGCAUGUUAUGCCAAGCUAGCCACUUUGUGGUUUCCCUGCUUGCAAAGUAGGAGAGCUUCAGUUGCCAGCAUUUAGCUCAUGUGCUUUCUGGCUAGCUUAGUGCUACAAUCAAACACAACCAGCAUUUACCAGGGUAGGGGUGCCUUUUGCCCUCCGGAUGUUCCCAAACUACAACUCCCACCCACUUUACCAAGCAUGACCAAUGGCUAGGGAUGAUGGGUGUUGCAGUUCAGUAAUGCCUGGAGAGCCAAAGGUUCUCCACACCUCAGAUACACCCAGUGCCUGAUUUACGUAUAAGCUAAACAAGCUAUAGCUUAGGGCCCCACUCUCUUGGGGCCCCCCCAAAAAAAUUAAAGGAAAAACAACAACAAUGUACAUUUCCAAAAUAUGAUUAAAAUAAAAUAAAACCUACAUACAGCAACAGUGUUUUGUGUUGUGUAGGCUCCUAUGAUGUAAGUACAGUGGUACCUCAGGUUACAUAUGCUUCAGGUUACACACGCUUCAGGUUACAGACUCUGCCAACCCUGAAAUAGUGCUUCAGGUUAAGAACUUUGCUUCAGGAUGAGAACAGAAAUUGUUCUCCGGCGGCACAGCGGCAGUGUGAGGCCACAUUAGCUAAAGUGGUGCUUCAGGUUAAGAACAGUUUCAGGUUACGUACGGACCUCCGGAACGAAUUAAGUACUUAACCCGAGGUACCACUGUAAUGGGCCCCGUCUGCUAGCCUGCUCCCUAAAAUAUCACUGGUUUGCUCAUUUCUAUAUAUAGGGUGCCUGCAUUCUGCAUGGACUGGUUGCAAGGCAACAUGUGCAAACGGCUUUAGAUACCUAUUAGGUCCAUAAAUUACUAUAUAGCAUAUAUUCAACACAAAAAACACUGACAAUUAGUUGUUGACAAAGGACAGUUGGACAUAUAAAGAGCCCCAUUGCCUUCAGUAGCUUAGGGCCUCAUCAAACCUAAAUCCGGCCCUGGAUACACCAAUAAUCUGAUGAUAUAAGGGAGCUUCUUACAUUUCUGAUUCCCAAUUUUCCCCUUUCAUUCUCUUCCAUGGGAUAUUUCCUGACAUCAGAUGUACAGUGCUUAAGUUUAUAAUGGUGCGAGGGUUUGGUCGUUCUUCUAAUUAGGAAGUUUUUCCAACUCCUUGUUUACUCGCUUUGCUUGUCCCCACAAGCUUUCUUCAAGUGAUCUCUGGGAUGCUUCUCUAGGACACUUGGGAAUUUUCUAAUGGUAAAGUGAUUCAUUAAGUUGACAGUUAAAUAUUUCACCCUUGGAGAUCUCUGCUGCUAUUUUGAAGCGGUUCUCAUGGGAAUGAGAAAGAAAGAAAUUCUAGUGCUUAUACUAAAGAAAUCAGUCUCCCCAAAGACACCUGUAUCGGGGAGAAAUUUUACAUUUGUGACAGGAGAAGGAGAUACUAUAACAUAUCACAACUGAGGGAGUGUAGGAAUUCCUGUGGGAACGUUUUCAUAACUUUAUGAUUUGUUUAUUUAUUUGUUACAUUUAUACCCCAGCUUUUCUCCUCAAGGUAGUGUACAUAGGUCUCCUCCUCCCCAUUCUAUCCGCACAACAACCCUGUGGGGUAGGCUAGGCUGAGAGUGAGUGACUGGCCCAGUUAGCUUCAUGGCUGAAUGGGGAUUUGCACCCUGGUCUCCCAGAUUCUUGUCAGGCAUUGAAUCCUCCACACCACACUGGAUUCAUUUUUUUAAAAAACACACACAUAUAGGGCUCAGAUUAACAGCACCAUCCUAUACAUGCCUAUGCAGAAGUUAGCUGCAUUGAAUUCAGUGGUGCUUAAUCCAAGGUAAAUUUGUGUAGUCACAGUCUGAUAGCUAGCUCAUAAUCUCAUCCUUUUAGCGAUAUGUGGGAUACUGGAGUGUUUGAGAAGCUUAGGAAAGGAAAAAUAUCGUUUCCCUUUCCCACUCUAGAAGAAGAAGAAGAAGAGGAGUUUGGAUUUGAUAUCCCGCCUUUCACUCCCUUUAAGGAGUCUCAAAGCGCCUUACAUUCUCCUUUCCCUUCCUCCCCCACAACAAACACUCUGUGAGGUGAGUGGGGCUGAGAGACUUCAGGGAAGUGUGACUGGCCCAAGGUCACCCAGCAGCUGCAUGUGGAGGAGCGGAGACGCGAACCCGGUUCCCCAGAUUAUGAGACUACCGCUCUUAACCACUACACCACACUGGCUCUCAAAUGAAAUGUCCCCCUCGAUUUCCCUUUUUUAAGAGAAGAAAACCCGCAGCUAACGCUCUUGGCAUUCUGCGAUUCAACCCUCUUCAAUAUUCCUUAGGUCCUAAGGCUGGAGGAAUGAAGCUUCCGGAAGUUGCUUGUUGGGCUUUUCUCAGGGGUUCACUUGUGAAUUUGUUCACAAAUCAUUACAAAUUGUUGUUUAAAAAUGAAUAUACUUUCCUCAUUUGAAUCAGUGUCCUACCCUUUCCUUUGUCAAUAGUUUCACCUAAACACUGAUUCUGAUAGUACUGAUAAUAAUAAUUUUAUUAUUAUUUAUACCCUGCCCAUCUGGCUGUGUUGCCAAGUAGGUCAGGCUGAGAGACUGUGACAGGUCCAAGGCCACCUCCCCAGUGAGCUCCAUGGUUAGGAGUGAGGAUUAGAAACUGGGUCUCCUAGGUCCUACACCCUAACCACUACACCACACUGCCAUUAAAAUUGCUAGCACACAAACAGGGAAGGAAGGUUUCUCUCACAUCUCCAUUCUUUCCAGGGAUUGAUUUAGAGCUGAAACACAAUUCAACAGUCAGCAGGAAUUAAGGUUCGAAAAAGCUGACAUAGGCCCGUGUUCCUCUUGGCUCGGCCUUGUCUACCAAAAGGCUUUCACAAGGAAAGGAUUUCCUCAGAGAUGCUUUUAAAUGCAGAUAGCAGGGCUUAAGGCCAGGACUCUCAAAGUGUGUGCUCUGCCACUGAGCAAGUGUCUUUUCCCAUCCAGAGCUAUUUAACCUUAGGUGACCAUUUUAUGUUUUCGUGCCUUUCUUUCUGGGCUCUUUCUUGUCCUUUGGCUUCUUAGCUUCCCUAAGGAUUAUUGUGCUUUGCUAACAUGACAGAAAUCACUGGCAUUCUGUGGCUAUAAAAAUACCCCAUGGCCAUUUGCCUGUGAGAAAGCAAAUCCUUGGGGGAGCUAAUUCUUUUAUACUGGUAAUAAAUAUUUGUAUUUCUCCAGCAUGUUUCGUCCCAGGAUACUCUAGCUGAAUGGGGAUUUGGGUGGGUGGUUGCAGAGCUGGUGGUUUACAAAUUUGGGGGGUGAGGCUCCCAAUAGCGAGUGAUGGAUUGAGCCAAAGCGGGUUUCUUUGGGUAGGUUGCUAGUUACUGAGGUAACCACAUCAACAAAAGGACGACAAUCAAGGGAGAGAGAAACUCUGCUGUGAGGGAAAUUAAUGGUCUGAGGCAAUUGGUGGGAAGGAACUAGCUUCCUUCUGGGGAAGCGUUCAACUUGGCUCCAGCGAGGGAGCUUUUGCUGUAUUUCAAUUAGUUUGGUAUUAGGAAUACACAAACUUGCAACAAAAAGUUGUUCAGGGUUCCUUUUUUCCUCCUUCACAUCCACCCUUUCCCUCUGGCUUGUUGGUAUCCCUCCUUGAAAUGUUGGGCAUGAACAACAAAUACACUCAUGAAUGACACACGUCUCUUUCUGUUAGUCUUUAUCCUUCGCAAUUGCAUAUUGCAUUCCAGUUUAGUUCUAAUUUCAUUUGUAUAAUAAUGUAUGCUCUGAUUGUCCCUAUUUAUCUGGUAAAACACUAUUCAUUCCUUCCAGAGAAAUGUUAGCCCCAAAGUAUCUAAAUGACUUUGACCCCCAAAUAUCUGAAAGACUGCUUCUUCCCCUUCAGACUCUUGAGCAGGGGUCGACAACAAGUGGCCCACAGGGGUCAUUUAAACGGCCCCCGAGCCACCCCCGAACUGAGCCGCCCGCUUGGCGAGUCCCCGCGCGCUGGGCUAAACCAGCAUGGAGCGGGAACUCGUGCGGCGCUGAAAAUCGCAUCUGCGCAGAUGCAGAAGCCAAAAAUCAUGUCUGCGCAGACACAAUCCGCCCCCCAGAGCAAUCUCCGCGGGGGUGAACCAGCCCAGGCGAGGUAAACCUUGCUGACCCCUGCUCUUGAUUGUUCAGCUUAGCAAUGGUGCCCCUCUUAGUAGUUCUACCACCCACAGAAGUUUGGGGGUUGGCAGUCUGGGAGAGGGCAUUCUCUGUGGCAGCUCCUAAGCUGUGAAAUUCCCUCCCUACAUAAGCGCGCCUGGCACCUUCAUUUCCAUCGUAUGCUGACAACAUCCUUCUGGUUGUCUAAAAAGAGAGGAGCCCAGGAUUGGAGAGCAACUAUUCAGAUGCCCUAUUCUGGCAAAAAAAUAGCAGGGGUUUGCAGCACCCAUACCCAGCCUCUCCUGAAACUUGCAAAACUGCCCAUGGUGAGUAACAUCUCUGGGUAGUUCCCUCAUGCCACCAGAGAAUAUCUCCAGCCGCAGAGGCAGUGUACAGAUGCUAGUUUUGGACUCAUGGUGGAGGGAAAAUUUAUUUGUUGAAUGGGAAAUGAGCACACAGUUCAUUUCCUGCUCAGCCAACAUAAGGGGCCAUUUUGUGGGUGAUUUUGGGAAGGCUAUUGCUGCCUGAAUAACCAUGAUUUCAACCGUGUUCUUCAUGAAAUGUGGUGUAACUAACUUCACUAUUGCUCUUGAUUGUAGGUACAUACCAAGGCCAGUUCACCAAUGGAAUGCGUCAUGGUUAUGGUGUCCGGCAGAGCGUCCCAUAUGGCAUAGCAGCCGUAGUCCGCAACCCUCUAAGGACCUCCCUUACUUCCCUCCGUAGUGAGCACAGCAAUGGCACCCUGUUGCAACAUGACUCCCCGUCAGCAAACCUGGAGAACUUUCCCAUGACACCUACGAUCACCCGUGGUGGCUUUGCUCUCAGCCUGUACGCGGAUGCUGAUGCGGGCAAGCUGAAGAAGGGAGGGCUCUUCAGGCGGAGUUCCUUGUUUGGGAAGUUGAAGAAAUCCGACUCUAAGACUUCCCUGGCCAGCCAAAGGAGCCGACUCAGCUUUCUCAAGAGCGAGAGCGGGAUGAGCUCCACUGGUAGCGAUGCCACCUCCACAGCUAGCCUAGGAGAAGGAGCCGAGGGAGAGGACUUCGCGCCUUUUGACGCUGAUAUCGAUGCCACCACGACAGAGUCCUAUAUGGGUGAGUGGAAGAAUGACAAGCGCUCUGGGUUUGGCGUGAGUGAGAGAUCAAGUGGCCUGAAGUAUGAGGGUGAAUGGCUGGAUAAUGUUCGGCAUGGAUACGGUUGCACCACUUUGCCUGAUGGUAAGAAGGAAGAAGGGAAAUACCGAAUGAACGUCCUGAUCAAAGGCAUGAAGAAGAGGGUGAUACCUCUGAAAAGUGCCAAGAUAAGGCAGAAGGUGGACAGGAGCCUGGAAGGGGCUCAGAGGGCAGCAGCCAUCGCCAGACAGAAAUCUGAGAUUGCAGCUUCUAGGUAAGAGCCUGAGGCUUGACAUUUACUAUGUGAAAGUAGAAGGAAUCACCCAAAGUUUCAUUUUUAAUUGAAUAAGUGUUUGCAAUUGAUGAUUAAGACAGGGAUGGGCAACCUUUGGCCCUCCAGAUGUUGUUGGAUUCCAACUCCCCAUCACCCCUAGCAGCAUAGCCCAUAAUCAGGGGUGGUGGGAGAUGUAGUCUAGGAACAUUUAGAAGGCCACAGGUUCCCCGUCUUUUGUUUAAGAAAUAUUUGUACAUAAGAUGUACAUUAAAAUAAAUCUCCAUUUCUGGCAAAUUCUAGUUUUGGGCAGAUGAGGAAAUCUAAAGUUCCGAGAUACUAAAUAACAUAGUUAAUUACUGCUAGGACAUGAAACUUACUGUCUUUUGAUGUGUCCACUGCACAAUGAUGGAUGAGGAAAGAUAAAUCCAUUUUGUAUCUAUUAAAUAUACUUGUGUACAAAUAAGAUGUACAUUAAAACAAACCUCAGUUUCUGGAAAAUUCUAUUUCUGGGCAGGUUUAAAAUUCUGAUAAAUGGAGCAACAGAGUCAAUUACAUCCAUGAGAUAAAAUCUACUAUAUUCUGACAUGUCCGCUACACAUUGAUGGGUGAGGAACUUAAGAAGGAUAACAAAGAGCAAUAUGUUUGGUGUGAUUGAUUUUAGAUAUGUCUCAUGACUGCUAUGGCUGAUUACAUAUAGAUCAAGAAUUGUGUAUCAUCAAGGAGCAAUUGUUUUGGGAAUGAUGCAUUUGGUGAGAUCUGCCUAAAUGUGAAAAUAGAAGUUGUUCAUUUUAGGCAGACCUUGGUUCCUGUGUCAGCACCAUCCUAAUGGGACAGGAGGCACCAGCAUUAUAUCUAGCCAGGUUAUCUACCUUGUAUCGUUCCUUUGCCGCUGCGUCUUUAACCUACCCUACAUCUGAUGUCACAGGGGGCAAGUUAUUGUGACUAGGGAAAACAUUGCAAGAUUAAUUAGGAUCUCUGCAGGGCCUAGUUUGGCCCGUGGGCAAAAGGUACAUCAAGCCUGCUUUAUCUCCAGUCUUAAGGCAGGGAAAGGCACCAUUUGUGUGAAUAGGACUUUUUAAAAUUAACAGCAGGAUUUUCAGUGGGACACUGUUUUAACCUGUCUCAUCUUAACUGCUAACCCCUCUUGGUGUUACACACAACAAAUUAGGCUUAGGAAAAAAGUUCCUGUUUAACGUGACGUGGCACUGGAUCUAAAGGUGUCAUGGGCUGGAUAACUACUGCAAGCCCAAGUGGGAGGCCGUACAAUCUAAGUGGACCAGUGGGCUAAAGCAGAUUUAUAUGUUCAUUCCCUUGGUAUUAGAUUUAGAGCACCCACCCACCCACAAUUGAUGUUUUAAUGUGCAGUAAUGAAAUCAAGGUAUUUUGGGCCCUGAGUCAGUACUCAACUUUUCUUUUAUAUUGGCGGGCUUCCAUUAUCCAUAGCAAAAGUAGUCAUAAACAAUAAAUACAACAUUAAAAAUGCUCAGCCAAACUGGAUAAUUUCCACAUAAACCACAAGAUCUAAAAACAAUAGGUAAAGGUGAAGGGACCCCUGACCAUUAGGUCCAGUCGUCACCGACUCUGGAGUUGUGACGCUCAUCUUGCUUUAGUGGCUGAGGGAGCUGGUGUACAGCUUCCGGGUCAUGUGGCCAGCAUGACUAAGCCGCUUCUGGCGAACCAGAGCAGCGCACGGAAACGCCGUUUACCUUCCCGCCGGAGCGGUACCUAUUUAUCAACUUGCACUUUGACGUGCUUUUGAACUGCUAGGUUGGCAGGAGCAGGGACCGAGCAAUGGGAGCUCACCCCACUGCGGGGAUUCGAACCGCCGACCUUCUGAUCGGCAAGUCCUAGGCUCUGCGGUUUAACCCACAGCGCCACCCGUGUCCCUAAAAAACAACAAUAGCAACCCCCUAACAAAACACCACAAACACCCCAGCCCAAGAGUCUGCUUAUUCUUGGCAUCUGAUCAUAGUUUGUUUAGUGAGAAACAUCCCACAAUCCUGGAUCUGGGCAACAUGGUAAGCCAAGGUUCAUGGUUUGUUGCUCCAGCUCAUAGCUGGGAAAACAGCAAAGUGGAAGCAUGCAUUGACACGCUGCUCAUUUCUGGCCAAUGAGAAAGAAUCCCCAUUAAAAUUAAGGAGCUACAUGAGAGCACUACCACACUAUUGCAAUGCUCCCUUUGAUUUCAGUGGGGUUGGGCAAGAUAAUUUCCUGGUUGAUUGUGCUCUUUAGGAUGAAAUCCUUUACCCACUUACUUUAGAGUAAGAACUCCCUGAACUCAAUAGGACUUAAUUUUGUGUAGACAUGUAUAGAAUCACAUGGUAAUGUUACCUGUAAAGUGCUGUGAACACUGACAAUAGAUACAUAGGUUUAUGGUGUUAUUUGGCAUGUAAAAUACUAUGCACACUGCUGGUGGUAUAGAAAUAAAUCACGGCCACCCACCUUGCAUAGUAGAAAUUUAUGCAUCUUGGCAAGGUGUUAAAUGAAGGGUAGCACAUCUCCAUGGUAAUAGAUCUUGCCACAGAAAAGGUCAUUGCAGGUUCUUUUCUGCCAAAGGCACUAAUAUUCCCAUGAAGCAUAAAUGAGGAAUUAUAGUCUGGGGUAAGGGCUUCAUCUUACUUUGAUGUUUGUUUUUGGAUCUAGUUACCCAUGCAAGUACAAAGCAAACAUGCCUUACAUUGUUGUGAAUGACAUGUGUGCAUUAAAUUGCACUUUUCUUAGUAAAAUACAUGGGAAAGAAAAUACGGCUUUUCUAUGUCCUAAAAAAUAGGAGUGCACCAUUCACAACCAACAUGGAGUUGGAGAAGCUCUUGUAGGUUAUCUAGUCCUGUUCUUCCCAAACUAUCUGAUGGAGUGGACCAACAAAUCUCCCCCUCCUCAAUGUGCCAGUGACCGGUACAAUGUUUGGACUCUGAAGCAUCCUACCCAACCUAGGCUGGGUUAAGUAGCCAUGGUCUGUGGACCACCGUUUUGAAUAUCACUGAUCUAGUCAAACCCUGCGCAAUGCAGGAAUUUCAGGACACCCUCACACUUUCUAUGGAUUGCCUCUUUUGUAGCCUGAACUCCUUUCCCUUCCAACCAGGAGGAAGAAAACAUGUACAAGCGCCCCCCCCCAUGCAUUUGACUUGUGCGCGACUGUGCAUACGUGCGGUGCUGGGAAAUAUGUAAAGAAUUCCAUUCAUAUCCAGAAGUGGUGGAAGAGAGCUGGAGAGUGCUUGUGGCUUGUGUGGAGCCCCUCCCCUCCUGGAGCCUGAAUAGGACUUCAGUGAGGGUGAAGGAAACCCCGAAGAGACCGGAGGUGCAGCAGGACUUCGUUUAGCCUGCUCAGCCUCCCUAUCUAGAAGUUGAUGUGUAGGGUAGCACAGCUGCAGUUGCGGUUUUCCCACAUGUCCUCCAGCCUCAGAGGUUCAAUUCCAGUUGUGGAUAUUUUUGGAUACGGUAUUGUUGAUAUGGACUGAACAGAAGUGAAAGAGAGGGUGUUUAAAGAGGGUUUAGAGGUUGCUCCCCACCUUUCACAAUUUCACUUAUGCACAUGGGGGCUCAGAACUUAAACCCCAUGUAAGUGGGGAGUUGCCUGUAUCUGGUUUACAGGAGAGUUAAAAUGUGGGUAGGGGUGGUUGAAGGGACAGGAGUGGCGGUGUUGUCUAAACCACAGAGACUAGGGCUUGCUGAUCAGAAGGUUGGUGAUUCGAAUCCUCACGACGGGGUGAGCUCCCGUUGUUCAGUUCCAGCUUCUGCCAACCUAGCAGUUCGAAAGCACAUCGAAGUGCAAGUAGAUAAAUAGGUACUGUUCCAGCGGGAAGGUAAAUGGCGUUUCUGUGCGCUGCUCUGGUUCAUCAGAAGUAUCUUAGUCAUGCUGGCCACAUGACCCGGAAACUGUACGCCGGCUCCCUUGGCCAGUAAAGCAAGAUGAGCACUGCAACCCCAGAGUCGUCCGUGACUGGACCUAACGGUCAGGGGUCCCUUUACCUUUACCUUUGGGGUGGUUGAGAAAUUGUAUUCAGAUUCUCUUCAAGGCGAAUUUAUCUAAUUCACAAUUUCCAAAAUAAUAUGCAAACUGAAACACAGCCAUCUUUCAAAAUUUGCACAUCUCAGCAGUUUGCAGGGCAGUUCUCUGGCAAAGUAUUGUGUACAAAAAAGCAUAUACCAGGGCAGGGGUCGGCAACCCGCGGCUCCAGAGCCGCAUGUGGCUCUUUUACACCUUUGCCGCGGCUCCGGGGCGGAUACUAGCGAGGGGAGGAGGCGCAUUGUGUGCCCCGACACUCCCCACUGUGGCGGGUGCUGUACUGGCUAUGACGUAGCAUGGGGGCGGUGUGUGCGUUAGUCACGCACCGUCCCGACGUCACCUUCCCGCCCACCCGCUACAUUGUAAGGGGCAUGUACGCUGGUCACUGCAUUGAAAGGGGGCAUGUAUGCUGGUCACUGUUUUGAAGGGGAGUGAAGAACACACACACACAAAAGGGUAACUUGUUAAUUUAACGUUUAUUUCUAUGAGGAGGAGUAAUUCUGAGGGGUCAAACAAAGAAAUAAUAAAAAAGUGACAAAAAAGUUAUUUUUAUAAUGACGAGUUUUGCGGCUCCCAGUUUUUUUUUCUUCUGAAACGCGUCCAAGUGGCUCUUUUUGUCUUAAAGGUUGCAGACCCCUGUACUAGGGUAAACUGUGUACUGAAAUGCAUAGGUUAGUGAAAAUAACAUUAAAAUAUAUUACAUUUGGGAAAUUGCUUUGCCAAAAUGUGUAUGUUAAGGAACAUUGCAUAAAAAUGUAUAUUGUAGGAAAAAUUCUCUGGUGAAUUUUCAUGCAGGUUUUCUGAAUUUUUUUUCUAAUUGCAAACUGAUGGGGAAAUGUGGAGAACUGGAGACUGGAAGAAUAAUAAAGUGAGAGAAACCAGAACUGACAGAAUUGCUAUUUUCAUUUAUUAUGUUUCUAUGCCAUUUUCCCACUCACAUGAAUCACAAAGCAGCUCAGAAAUAAUAAAUAAACAAUAAUGUAAUGGAACAUCACAAUGACAACAUAAAUCCUAUAUAAUAAUUAACAAAUCAUCAGUGAAACAAUUACAAAUCAUCAGUAAAAUAGUCACAUUCUAUAAAACACAAUUAACUAAAUAACUAAAAAAUAAGCUAAACAGCAAAAACACAACAAAAGUCAUAUUAUAAGAUUCACAAAGCACUACAGCACUCCUAGUCCACAAAAUAAUAUUGACAUUAGCAACCAAAACCAAACUAAGCACUGUUGAGUUGGCACACAGACGCAUACUCCUCACCCCAAUGUGUGUGUGCAUUCAGCUUCCUUAUCCUUUUGACCCUUUAACUCUUAAAAUUUGAGCCCUCAUCUCUGCUUCAUCUAUGUUUGGAAUAGGCCUGGGCUCUGGUUAACAUGAGCAAGAAUGGUUUAGGUAAUUUUUAAAGAAUCUGUAUCCAUGGGAUAUGAUGAUCUACAUCCAUAUUAGCACAGGAGAUUCUGUCUGAUUUUGCCGAUUCUUUGCUUGUGGUCUCUUCCACAGCAUGCUGGAAAAGUCAUGCAUAUAAAGUGUUGCAAGGCUAUAAAUAAUGGUGUUGGAGCUGUUGAACUGCUGCACAAAUGCUCGGCAGUUUAUAAAAGGAUCUUUUUAUUAUACACUAUUUACACUUCAAAUCAAAGGGGGAACUCUGGUGGUUUACAUCAGAGAUUGGAAUGCACUCCUGGUGGAGCGGGGGCACUCCAUCCCUCCCUUAGCGCUGCUUAGACAUAAUUUCCUAUUAAGGAAACUUUUGAGCAAGGGGAAAUAGACACGUAGAGCCAUUUUCCUCCUCCUUGUGUGUUGCACAAAUGCAGCUGAUUGAGACACUUGGAAAGAAGGCUUGCAAUUUCCAUGCUAGCAGCCCCUGCUCAUCUCACUCUCUUGUGAAUUAGCCCUUGAGUUUCGAGACCAGGCAUGUUUCCCUUGAGAAAUGUAGCCAAAUGUUCUGUUUAUUUGCUUUUAUUUUAGAUUAUCACAACAAACAAAACAACUUGCCCCAAGACAUUGUGUAAUAAAUUAGUUGGAGUCAAUCAAAAGAGAUACCACAAAGUCAAGACAAGCAAACAAAAAGCAGUGUAAAUCAGCCUUGAAUUCAGUAGUAGCUACAGGUGACAAGCCAUAGGUGACAAGGUGAGUGCCAAAGUGAGAGCAUUUGGGUCAAAAUUAAGGGAGAGAAGAAUAACAGUGACCUCAUUGUGGGAGUUUACUAUAGAUCCCCAAGCCAAAUGGAGGACAUAGAUGAUGCCUUCCUGGAACAGAUGGCCAAGCAUGCAAAAGGAAGGGAGAUAGUAGUAAUGGGGGACUUCAAUUACCCGGAUAUUUGUUGGAUGUCAAACUCAGCCAAGAGCACAAGGUCAAACAGAUUCCUCACUGGCCUUGCAGACAACUUCAUUGUUCAGAAAGUGGGAGAAGCAACAAGAGGAACAGCCAUUUUAGAUCUGGUCCUAACCAAUGUUGAUGACCUGGUUAGUGGGAUAGAAGUGGAAGGAUCAUUAGGCGCGAGUGAUCAUGCUCUUCUGAAGUUUACUAUACAGCGGAAAGGAGCAGCCAAGCAUACUAGGACUCAAUUUCUUGACUUUAAGAAAGCUGACUUCAUAAAACUUAGGGAAGUGCUGAGUGAGAUCCCAUGGACAGUAAUACUAAAAGGAAAGGGAGUUCAUGAUGGCUGGGAGUUUGUUAAGAGGGAGAUACUAAAAGCACAACGUCAGGCAAUACCAAUGAGACAGAAACAUGGAAGGUACCUAAAGAAGCCAGGGUGGCUAUCUAAAGAACUCUUAACUGAGUUAAGAUUAAAAAAGGAUGUGUACAAAAAAUGGAAAAGGGGGGAAACCACCAAAGAGAAAUUCAAACAAAUAGCCAGCACGUGUAGACACAAAGUCAGAAAAGCUAAAGCACAGAAUGAACUCAGGCUUGCUAGAGAGGUUAAAAGCAACAAAAAGGCUUUUAUGGGUAUGUCCGUAGCAAAAGGAAGAACAAAGAAACAGUGGGGUCACUCAGAGGAGAAGAUGGUGAAAUGCAAACAGGGGACACAGAAAGGGCUGAACUCCUCAAUGCCUUCUUUGCCUCAGUCUUCUCCGAUAAAGAAAACAAUGCCCGACCUGAAGAAUUUGGAGCAAAUGAUUCAGCAAAGGAAACACAGCCCAGAAUAACUAAGGAGAUAGUACAAGAAUACUUGGCUAGUUUAGAUGUAUUCAAGUCUCCAGGGCCAGAUGAACUGCAUCGAAGAGUAUUAAAAGAACUGGCAGAUGUGAUCUCAGAACCACUGGCAAUCAUCUUUGAGAAUUCCUGGAGAACAGUUGAAGUCCCGGCAGACUGGAGGAGGGCAAAUGUUGUCCCUAUUUUCAAAAAGGGGAAAAGAGAGGACCCAAAUAAUUACCGCCCAGUUAGUCUGACAUCAAUACCAGGGAAGAUUCUGGAGCAGAUCAUUAAGCAAACAGUCUGUGAGCACCUAGAAAGGAAUGCUGAGAUCACCAACAGUCAGCAUGGAUUUCUGAAAAAUAAGUCAUGUCAGACUAACCUGAUCUCGGUUUUUGACAGAAUUACAAGCCUGGUAGAUGAAGGGAACGCAGUGGAUGUAGCCUACCUUGAUUUCAGCAAGGCAUUUGACAAGGUGCCUCAUGAUAUUCUUGUAAAGAAGCUGGUAAAAUGCGGUCUUGACUAUGCUACCACUCAGUGGAUUUGUAACUGGCUGACUGACCGAACCCAAAGGGUGCUCAUCAAUGGUUCCUCUUCAUCCUGGAGAAGAGUGACUAGUGGGGUGCCACAGGGUUCUGUCUUGGGCCCGGUCUUAUUCAACAUCUUUAUCAACGACUUGGAUGAUGGACUCAAGGGCAUCCUGAUCAAAUUUGCAGAUGACACCAAAUUGGGAGGGGUGGCUAACACCCCAGAGGACAGGAUCACACUUCAAAACGACCUUGACAGAUUAGAGAACUGGGCCAAAACAAACAAGAUGAAUUUUAACAGGGAGAAAUGUAAAGUAUUGCACUUGGGCAAAAAAAUGAGAGGCACAAAUACAAGAUGGGGACACCUGGCUUGAGAGCAGUACACGUGAAAAGGAUCUAGGAGUCUUGGUUGACCACAAACUUGACAUGAGCCAACAGUGUGACGCGGCAGCUAAAAAGCCAAUGCAAUUCUGGGCUGCAUCAAUAGGAGUAUAGCAUCUAGAUCAAGGGAAGUAAUAGUGCCACUGUAUUCUGCUCUGGUCAGACCUCACCUGGAGUACUGUGUCCAGUUCUGGGCACCACAGUUCAAGAAGGACACUGACAAACUGGAAUGUGUCCAGAGGAGGGCAACCAAAAUGGUCAAAGGCCUGGAAACGAUGCCUUAUGAGGAACGGCUAAGGGAGCUGGGCAUGUUUAGCCUGGAGAAGAGGAGGUUAAGGGGUGAUAUGAUAGCCAUGUUCAAAUAUAUAAAAGGAUGUCACAUAGAGGAGGGAGAAAGGUUGUUUUCUGCUGCUCCAGAGAAGCGGACACGGAGCAAUGGAUCCAAACUACAAGAAAGAAGAUUCCACCUAAACAUUAGGAAGAACUUCCUGACAGUAAGAGCUGUUUGACAGUGGAAUUUGCUGCCAAGGAGUGUGGUGGAGUCUCCUUCUUUGGAGGUCUUUAAGCAGAGGCUUGACAACCAUAUGUCAGUGCUCUGAUGGUGUUUCCUGCUUGGCAGGGGGUUGGACUUGAUGGCCCUUGUGGUCUCUUCCAACUCUAUGAUUCUAUGAUUCUAUGAUUCUAGGUGAAUGCUUCCAGAGCAGAAACAAAGUGGGCUGCAGGAGAAUGGAAGUUCUCUUCCUAUGUGCCCAGCAUAGAAAAACAGUAGGCUGCUGCAAGACAGUCAGAGCAGUUUGAUUCUCUCUGCCAGCCUCCAGCAGGCUAGCAACAUUUAUGCAGGCUAGUAUAUUUUGUGGGCUUAUUUACAAGACUGGUAUAACAGCUAACUAGAUUUAAAUAAAAUCAUCAUCAUCAUCACCACCACCACCAUCACCAUCACCAUCAUCUCCUGCUUCCUAAACAAUAUAGACCAGCUCAGACAGGCCUCAUUUGGAAAAGAGCUCUGCAGGAUAGACUUCAGGAUAGAUAAGGUUUUAACUGGCAUCCUCAGCAACCUGGCAUCAGGAAAGGAUGGCACAGAAAGCCAGGCUUUCCCUGAUGAUUUGAACUCAGGUGUGAGGAAUAUUUGGCCUUCCAUAUGUUGCUGAACUGCAACUCCCAUCAACCCUAUCAAGCAUGGUAAAUGGCUAGGGAUGAUGGGACUCAUAGUGCAGCAACAUCUGGAGGGCCCAGGGUUCCCUAACCUGCUUUAGCAUGUGUUUGUGUAGUAUGUAGCCAAAUGGGCUGUUCGGGAUAUUAUUAUUGAAAGGUAAAGGUAAAGGACCCCUGGACGGUUAAGUCCAGUCAAAGGUGACUAUGGGGUUGUGGCGUUCAACUUGCUUUCAGGCCAAGGGAGCCUGCGUUUGCCCACAGACAGCUUUCUGGGUCAUGUGGCCAGCAUAACUGAACCUCUUCUGGCGCGACAGAAUACCGUGACGGAAACCAGAGCGCACGGAAAAGCCGUUUACCUUCCCACCACAGUGGUACCUAUUUAUCUACUUGUACCGGUGUGCUUUUGAACUGCUAGGUUGGCAGGAGCUGGGGCAGAGCAACGGGAGCUCACUCCGUCUCGGGGAUUCGAAUUGCUGACCUUCCAAUCGGCAAAACCAAGAGCCUCAGUGGUUUAGACCACAGUGCCACCUGACAGUCAACGCCACUCCAACUUACUGGUUGUAAGUAAGAAAGCAGGCAGGUGGGGGCUGACUGAGGGCACAUCUGGUUGGUGGUAAAAGUAAAGGUACCCCUGACCAUUAGAUCUAGUCGUGGACGACUCUGGGGUUGCGGCGCUCAUCUCGCUCUAUAGGCUGAGGGAGCCAGCAUUUGUCCGCAGACAGCUUCCGGGUCGUUACCAUCUACCUGUGACUGGUUUUCAAACCAAGGUUUUCUCAGCCUUACUUGAAGAUGCUGGGGAUUGAACCUGUGACCUUCUGCAUGCAAAGCGGACUCUCUUUCACUGCCCGUUAUCAAUCAUCUUGCAGACUUUCUCUCUACCAUUUUCUGCCCUUCAGGAAAAAAAUCAAGUAUAAUAUAAAAACAUGUCUACGGACACCAGACCUCUGCUGCCCAGUUUGUAUGCUUGUUUUUUGUCUGUUUGAAGCAAGUUGUUUAAAAGGAUUGAGUUUUAAAUCCUAGCCAGCUUUUCCGUCCGUUGGUGUUGCCUGUCUCCAUGGGACACGUUGCACCCGCCCUUAAAAUAACAGAGCCGCUCAUCUGCUGAGACUUGAACUGCAGCCCUCCCUCGUAUCACUUUCCUUUACUCUCCUGGCCAAUCAUGCUCUUAAGCAAUGUUAACUUAUAUCUCCAGUGUGCUCAGCAUUUCAAAUCUACAUUACAUAGGCAGGAAUGAGAGUCUCCUUGGGGGACACUGGUGGAGCAUGGUGUAAAUGACGUGUUGAAAGUGCUGGAGUCAGCAGAGAAGGCCCUGACUAAAUAAGGGUAUGCAUUGCAGUAGUUUACCUAACCGACAGGAGAAUGCAACAACCAAGAGCUUACAUGCUUGUCCAUUAAGUAGAAACCUGUUCUGGCUUUGUGUAGAUUCUGUGCUGUGCUCAUAGAAUAACAUGACAAAACAUUCAGCUUCCUAAGAAAUUUGUGCUUUUUUGUCUUUUUCUCCUGAAAAAGGAAGUUUCUACUGCUUAUUGCAAACAACAAGUUGGAAUUAUAUUAAUUCUGGGGGCUAAUGGUUGGGAAAUUAAAAAUUGAAGUUCUUGAUAAAGGUUCUGCCUUUGCUGCCCUUUCCUUCUCUUGCUUUUCCUUGCCUGCCCUUUCCCCUCCUGUUCCUUUCCAAUAAAUGCAAAUUCAUAAGAAAAGCUGAAUAUUGGAUUCAGAAUAAAUUAUGCAAAUCCAUAUUAUCUAUACACAUUUAUAGGCCUUCUUAUGAUUGCACAGUUUGGAUUUUGCUGAGGCAGAAAUAUGAGGGGGGGUUGUAUAUAUUAUGACAUCCCUUAAAUCAGCUGUGGGGAACCUCCCCCCCCCCUCAUCUGAGUGCCACAUUCCCUUCUGGGGUGCCAAGUACCAGUGGGAUGGAGCCAGAGGCAAAAGUAACUAGGCAAAAGUGACUAGAGCAAUGGAUGUGAUUUUUUAAAUCUUUGUACAGUAGGUUAGUUUCCACAUAGACUUGCAAACUCCUUUCUAUCCUCUGCCCAAGCAAAAAGCCCUAUCAGAAUUCCAGGACAAAUUCUAGGAAGGCAAAAACACUCAAGGUAGAUGCAGGGCUGUUGAGGGGCAGUGUGGCCUGAUGAGGGUGUGUGGCCUAGGGAGUCCCUCCCAAGGGACAAGUAGAAGAGUCUGGGGGACUACAUUUGGCCUCUGGGCCUAACCUUCCCCACUGCUGCUUUAAAUAGCCACUCCAAACUCUUUUUGAAGAUGUGUGUUUGGAAGCUUUCUUCUAAACACACUACUGACCCAAGUGUCUAUUGACAUCCAUGUCAUGAUGCUCAAUCAGGUCCAGUUGAGUGGAUUUUCAUGUAGACAAGGGUGCCUGUUGCCACUAUAGGCCACGAGCAGCUGGGCUCAACUAGAACUGAUUCAGGGACAAUUCACGUUCUUACAAACCACGCCCAUAUCCAACAGUUCUACUCUUGUCAUGGAGCUUUCAAAGGGACUAUUUUAGCAAGGGGAGAAAUACGGCAGCCAGAGGAAUGCCUUUUAGGCUUUGUCUGCACCAGCUUUCUUAUUCUGGGCCAGUGGUGAUAUGAGACCCAUGGAAUGUGAUCUCCACUUUUGAUGUCUUCAUGGGGCUCAUCCAUAGGGCUUUCUGUGUAGGCAGGCGUGUGCAGAAUGCUUCAGCCUACACUGAUCCCCACUAGUACGUGUGGCUGGCAGGGACAGGUGCAACCUGCACGGCACAAGUCUGAGCAGAAAGAGUCUGCGUGACUUGUUCCUCAGUGCACCAUGGAGUUCGAGGGAGAAGCAGACCUCCAUCAUUCCAUUCAUUUAUUCUGCUGGAAUUCCAUUCCGCGUAGCAUUCCACUCCUAAAUUCCAGUUUGACUUGGAGUAUUUCCAAAAUUAAUUCUGGAAUUGGACACUUUGCUGUAGCUUUAUGCUCAUUCUGCACACAUUUCCCUCUCUGCAUUGCCAAUAUGUCUGUACAUAGCGGGGUCUCUCCCCCUUUUUUACUUUGCAGUUUUUAAAGGUGUGCACUUGUCAUUCUCACACAUGAUACUGGCCGCAAAGCACAAUAAGGCAAAUUAGCCUGUGUAAGAGCUGUCUGCUGCUGCAUGUGAUAUGAGCAGCCCCUGCUUAGCGCCUAACUUUCUAGAGCAGGGCAACAAACCAUAGAGUGGCAGGAUUAUACCUAUAGAUAUAUGCUGUCUUCCCUGUUCUUUUCUUCGCCUUUCCUCCGUAUUGAUGAUUCCCUUACUCCUAGCAGCUGGUUGCUCACCUCAUUCUCUCUCUGCAAGUCCAGCAGACAGAAAAAAUACCCUAGCUGUACAAGAACUGGGCCAGCCCUGUGCCAUUCAUUCUUUUGUGCUUCAGUUUCUGUGCCUGAGGCUAGCGGCAUACUCUGCAUAUAUCCUUAAGUCUCUUUCUAAUGGAAGCUUCUCUAUGAAUGCCAGCCUCUCAAACUCUCUGUGUCACUACCCACAUUAGAGCAGGAGGUGUGAGGAAGGAUUGUGAGGCACACUGUACUUUCUAAAGUGGUGUGCAAUAGACAAAGGUCAAAAAAUCAUAGCUGGGCUUGAUAGCCAGCCAGAAUAUGCUCCUGUCUGAAUCUUUCUCCCUGCCAAUGAAAGGGGACAGGAUCUGAGAUGGUGCUCAGCUCAGGUCCUAGCCCAGCUUGUGUGAAUGGCGUAUGUGACUAGAGUACCGUAUGUAUGUGUAUCCCAUGUGAGUAGUGUGAAUGGGUGCAUGUGAGCAAAAGUGAAUGGGGGACACAAAUAAGUUAUUUCACAUACACACUACCCUAAAACGCAUCCACUAGUUUCUGUGGAUCUCUACCUAUCAUACGCUUUGUAUCUCUUGGGACAAGAGAGUGUGGUUUGGAAGCCCUUCCUUUUCUGAAAAGUCAGGGAUAAAGCAUUUUCAUGGAACUGGCAUGGACUUCUAGCCCCAUGCAAUUUAAUCACUGAAAUGAGCAAAGGUCAAGAGUUGACAAAAUUCUAUGACUGUGAGUGAACAUAGAAAGUUACCUUAUACCAAGUCAGACCACUGGUCCACGUAGCUCGGUAUUAUCUACUUGAGGGUUUUGGACAGGAGUCUUUUCCAACUCUGCCUGGAAAUACUAGUGGUCAGUAGCUCAGUAAGAAAAAUAGUUUCCCCAGGGACCACUGGAUUUCUUAAUGAGAUUAGAACAGCCUUUAUUUUUCCCAUGUGACAUGUCCUGGCAGGAAGUUUGCAGAUGCUCGCCUCUUGAUCCCAUUUUUCCAGCCUGUUGUAUUUCUGAAUGGAUGUAGAUGUCACUUUCUCAGUUAAGGUCAGCCUUGCUGGCUGUGGGACAGUGGAGGCAGUACUUCUGGGCCAGAAUGUGUAGCUCAGCUGCUUUUCUCUUCUUCAUCUGUACCCUGGUCAUUAACCUACUGAGUCUCUUGUUUGUCCCUUGUUUACCCAUCCUUGACAACAAUAGUUUCUUGUCAAAAUAAGAAGACAACACAAAUCUGAGCAUUUACAUAAUGCUUAAUAUUUUUCUUUUUUUACAGUGCUUCAUUGUUCCCAUUGCCUCACGUACACUAUCACAAUAACCCUUGCAAGAGAGGCAAGAUUGGUAUCUUUACAUAUGGGGGAGGAUACUAAGGUUGAGAGAUGGUGGCUUACUUAUGGCCAUAGAGCAGGGGAGAGAAACUGUUGGCCUUCCAUUGAUGCACUACAUGGAACUGGCGGAAAUGACUGGCAGAAUCCGAGACCAGGGAGAGGAGUUGGUGGAAGAAGACUGGAAAAAGUUUAAAGAUUAUCUACAGAAAUAUUGUAAAAUUAAUGAAUGUUAGAAAAAUGUUGAAAUGAAGUUAUAUGGCUUUAGUAGAAAUAUUAUAAGGAAUUAAGUACAGAUAGGUUAAUAGAGUAUUAAAGGGAAAAAAAUAAGGUUAGAAUGAGUUAAGAUAAUUAUAGGAUUGAAAACAGGAGGAUGUAAAGGAAUUGCUGAAAUAAUUAACAGAAGUGGAAUACAAAAAGGGAGGUGUGAGGAGGUCGUGGAAAUAAGUGAAUGAAAGAAGAGAUAAUGAAAUUGGUUGAUUUAUUUUAUUGUCUUAAUCUUGUUUUGUUAAUUUGAUGUGUUGUAUUGUAUUGUAUUGUUUUUCUUUUUCUUUAUUUUCUUCUUUUUUCUUUUAGUGUUUUUGGAAAAAUAAAAAUUUUUUUUUUUUAAAGAAACUGUUGGGCUUCCAGAUGUUGUUGGACUCCAACUCCCGUCAGCCCCAGCCAGUAUGGCUAAUGGCCAGGAAGUUGUAGUCCACCGACAUCUGGAGGGCCACAGAUUGGCAACCCCUGCCAUAGAGAGUUAAUAGUUGAGCUGAGAUUUGAACCAGUAACUUAUUGGAUGACAUUCUGUAAGUCAGUGGUGGACAAGGUCUGGAAACUGUGAGUCCACUCUUGCUCUCCAGAUCACUGCCUUAGGAAUGGCUUCCUCUUUUGUGUCGUGUGUGUGUAAGUGUAAGAGAGAGGUGGCACAGAGAAAGGGUGGCCAAGCAGAAAACUCUGUCCCUAUUGGCUGACCCAAUCCACUGCUGGCAUGUUGCUCCUGACAGUUUACCUCUGAGGGACUGUGACCAUCAAUAAGAAGGAGAUUGUUCUUAAUUUGGUGAGCCCCAGGACCCACCGAAUAUGGCCAUACUCUGAUCUAAGGUGGCUCACACAAAUGUCUCCUUUUUGGAGUUUCAUUUUAAACAGAAAGGGUGGGAAGGAGACACACACACAUGCAGGGAGAGAGUUCUUUUUAUCUUUAAUUGUUGAGUAGGAGAAGAUACUCUGGCAGAUAUGCCUUUUUCAUAAAACACCCAAGAAAUCUUAAAACAAUCAAAUACAUAUCCUGUUGGGCUAACUACAUUUCACUCAGCUUUGAUGAGCUGCAGAAUGAAAGUUUCCCCAAACAAUUUUUACAAAGGAGUUUACAACCAUUUCUCCAUGAUUUUAGUGUACCCGGAAUUCUUUGUACAGCUAUUUUUGUGUGUGUGGGUUUUCACCCCCUUUCUCAGUAGCAAGAGCCUUUUUCUAGACAACUGUUUAAAAAUACAAGUUAUCUUGCCCUCCUUAGCUCUUGUCACUAUAAAGAGGGAAAAAGAAAAAUGUGCAUACAGUAAAAAGUAAUCAUUAAAACUGGAAAUAGUUCUUACAUUGCACUUUGGGAUCAAUGCUCAUGUUUCAGUAGAAGUUAAGGGCAAACUAGAUGUGACAUUAGAUAUUGCAAAAUUCCAAAGCCACAUUGCUAGAAAUCAAGCUGUAUUUGCUUGAUUUCUAGCAAUGUGUUUGGUCAUGUUAACUUGCCUGGAACGUGGUGAUUCAUGGGGCAUUGAGUGUGCUGUAAGGAUGCAGUCCUAUGUCCAAUCAGAAGCAAGUCCCAUUUUCUCAGUGUUUUUUCCCCUAAAAAAAAAUGUUUAGGGGUACUCUCAUUUUGACUCAAGAAAAUCACAAUUUUAUAGUUCAAAUCAGGAAAAAUAAAUACAAUAAAUGGACAAAAGUACAAAGAUUCACAAAUUGUUUAGGGGUAUGUGUACCCCUGCAUACCCCCAGAAGAAAAAGCAUUGGACUUACUCUUUGGUAAGUGAGUAUACUAUACACACUUAAGAUGUUCACUAUAUGCAACCGACUGUACCUCACAGUGUUGUCAUGAGGAUAAAUAGAGUGCAGGAAGAAUAAUGUAUGCUGCUUUGAGCUCCUUGGAAGCCCCUUUGUUAUUUAAUAAAGUUACCCAAUCUGGUAAAGCAGCAAUAACCCUGAACUUGUAUUCUUUGAGUUAGAUGUGUACGUGUUACAGGGAUGUUUCUGUAGCUUGUUAUACCAGAGGGUUAAGAUGAGAAGUUGCCUUUUGGCCAUGGUGGGUGAACAUCAUAUGCAGGGAUUUAGAUGGAGCGGAUUUUGUUUCCUUCCAGCUGCCUGCUAGAUGAUGUUUCACCACCUGUGCAACUAAAACUCUGUCUCUGAGCCACUUAUUCCCUUGGCUCCUUCCGGACUCCUGCAGCUUUAGGCAACUGUAUGGGUGCAUCCUCAAUACGCAUGUAAACCAGUUUCAAACUGGCUUGACAACAGUUGACUUCCUCCCCCAAAGUUCAUGGGAAAUAUGCUUUGUGGAGGGUGCCAAUGUUUCUUAGUUUGAACAUAUGGCCGUUAAACGAGCUUGGAACUGGUUUUUAAAUGCAUCAGUUAUACCAUUGCAAGAGUGCAUGGAGUUUGUUGUGCUAAUGCUCACAAUUGCUACUACAGACCUUAAUAUGCAUCAAACUACUAGAAAAGCAUUACGACACGGAAGACAUCAUGUUUGCAGUGUUUGAGGCAAGCAUUACAAAUGGUCCUUGUUGUGCAUCCCUAAAUAUAGGUCUGCAGAACCUUGUAUGUCAAUUUCUCAUUUUAUGUGAGAGGGACAAGUCAUAUAUGGAAAUCAGGGGUGGGCAGACCUAUCAAUUUCAGUUUCUCUCAGUUUCUCAUUUUUUCAGUCCUUAAAUUUGGUUCAUUAUAUUUCCAUCUCGGGUUGUGAUUUGAAAAAAAACAAAUAAACAGUAUUUCAAACAAAAAUACAGGCUGCAUACACACCAACCUAUUUGUAGCCAAAAAGGUCGUGUUUCUCAAUCUCCAAUUAUUCCUGCACAUAGUCAACAUGCUGUUUUCAGUCUAGAUUGACUCUUGAUCCUGGUGUUCACAAGGAUGGGUGUGGUUAUUUGAAAACUUUCCCCUUGAUCACAUAGCUGUCAACCGUCCCUUAUUUGGCGGGAAACUCCCUUAUCCCAGUGCUGUGUCCCGCUGCUGUCCCUUAUUGAUGAUGUCCCUUAAAUUUCCCGGGUUUCAAAGGAAGCAGCUCCUCUCCCUCCCUCCCUGCCGGCCAGGGAGGAGGGAGGCUCCAACUGGGUUGCUUGGCUGCGUUGCUCACCCAAUAAGGAAUCUAAGAACGACUGGGGGGUGGAGCUUGCAUGCCUUGUGCUGAUCAAAUCGGCCAUGUUGCCUGGGGACUCGCCUUCGCUCAGCGCUUCCCAGCGGAGAGGUGACAGUGGUCACCUCCUUGCUGCAUCCCCUUUGCCGGGUUGCUGCGCUGUGAGAACCACCGCUUGAGGCUUCGUUUGGCUGCUGGCUGGGCUUUCUGCUUUUGGCUUGGAGGGGCUCAGAAGUUGAACAUACCUGUGCUUGGAAAAUCCCUUAUUUUGGCUGCUGAUCCCUUAUUUUCGAGGCUGCUGGUCCCUUAUUUUCAAAUCUGUAAGUUGACAGGUAUGUGAUUAGGUUACCUACAGUGUUAGGAACUGAGAUAUGAAAGCUAGGAGCUAAAUGGCACCUUAAACCUAGGUUUAUGGGUGCAACAAUGGAAUGUCUAGGCACACUUUUUCUUUAUAACAAGAAUACAAGUCCUUCCCCUGCCCACCCCCGUAAUUAUUAUUAAGAGGGUCUCUUUUCCAGUCUUCAGAGAGUAGCUGGAAGUGGGGAGGCAGAAAAAUAUCCUCCUUUCCUUCCACUGCAGUUUUAAUAUGAAAUCCUAGGCCCAGAGCUCAGAAACUGCUUGCGCUAAUGAAAUUCCCUGUUGCAAAAUGCGCCUAGAACAAUGGGAGUUUCAAAAACUGGUUACCCAUGCCUUCUCCUCCCUGCACAUGCUCCAGGUGAAUGAAGAAGGAAGUGAUGAAUGCAGUCUUGUUAUAUGCCCACCCAUAACCUCAUUGAGUAAGUGUGGCUACACGCCCCCUCCCAUUGCUGCAACUGCAUACAUCUGUUUUGAACGGGACACACUGAGCGGUAAAGCAGAACAAAUCUUUAACAAAGAUCUUACAUUCAGAAUGAAACCAGUUUCUCAGAAGUGCUUUUCAGGGGCAAAAAUGAAUGAAUGAAUGAAUGAAUGAAUCUAGAUUUUGUGUGGACUAUGUAGAAAAAAACCCAAAUACUCAGUCUCCAUUGAUUCUAGAAUAAAAUGUCUGUACGCAGCCACAGUACAUCCCACCAGAGUGGAGAAGCCUGUGAUCAGGUGACCUUUGUGCCUGCUCAGUCUGCUAUUGAGGUGCUAACUGCUGAUGGGCAACUUCAAAGCACCUGCUCACCUUUCUUAGGGUCCUUUAUCUGGAUUUGGGUAGGAUAGCCUUUCAAAAAGAGCCUUUCUUCAAGUAAAGGACAGACGGCUAUCCUACCUAGUUCUUAAAGUGUGAUUGGAAUGGUGCCGCUUGGGAGUCUGGACAGUUGUGCUUCUUGGAUUCAUGACAUUUUCUCACUUCCCAUAGCAUGAACCUACUAAUUGGUGGCUCCCAGCCAGAAUCUCAGCUUUGACCACUGUGUCUAUUCCUUUGCUAUGGCAACCUGUUAAGCAGCAGCAACUCGCUUAUGAUGGCUUGUGCCAACAACACCAUGGUUUGCCAAAUCAUCCAAGCCCUUUCCUUUCCCGUCUAGCGGUGGGUGUGGCUGUCUGAGUACAGGGAAUAGUGGCUUGUUUGUGUGUUGCUGAGAGCCACAGGUUGGCAGCCAACUGCUUCUAUGAAGGCAGCAGUAGGGAAGAAAGUGGAAGGGAAUAAAUAACUUAUUUUAUUAUGGAUUCUACAGCUGACCCUAGAGUCACUGAACUUAAACAAAAAGAGUUCAUAGAGUGAGGUUAGAACGUGAACAGGCUGAGUUAGAAUUCAUUAGCAAAUCUGAUAAUGUUUCCCUUGAGCUGAAGAGGGGAUUACAAAUAGUGUAAUUGUUGACCCAUGCAACCAGGAAUAAUACUGUCUGCAGCUACGUAAGAUUUUCACUUCUGGCUUUGAGUUGGGAACACUCUCUGUAGCAGCUGAAAAAGAGGACAAGACCUCUUUCACCUUUAGUAGUUGGGUAGAAAAGGGGAUUCCAGCAGCUACACCUCCCUCAAAGUUAUCCCUUCUGAUAGUUCUUUACUUUUAAACCAAACUGGAUAGCCCACCUUCAAAUUGAGGACUGCCCUCUGCAAGUAGAAUACAUGAGCACUCUACCCAUUAGCUCUUAUAUAAGAACAUCCACUAAGGAACAGUAAUUCAUUGUUUGAUUGUUAACUCUCCUUUGUCCAAACCACAGACUCAUUUACAGCAAUUAGAUAGUAAACUCACCAUACCAGAUUUCCAGGCCACAUCAGGUUGUAGCCUACAAUACUUUAUGGCACAAUAAGCCUGUUUGUUUUUAUAGUGCAACGUAACCCUUUAUUGUUUCUACUAUAUGGUAUGAGAUCCUGCCUGGUCCAGAGCAUGCAAGAGAAAAAGUAAAGGGAUAGUUUUCUUUCCUUAAUAAAAAUUCACCAAUCUGAUAUGAGCUGGAAGGCCAACCUACAAAAGGAUCGAUAUUUGCUAAUUCAAGGCAUGUGUAAUGCUAACCUGUGCUGAAACUCUGUGCAUUUUAUUUCCGUAAAAGAAGGGAUGGGGUGGGGAAUUGCAAACUUAAGUAUAGGUGGUGUAGCCCACAUAAGGAAAAACCAGCCGUUUCCCUCCUCCUCGGCUCUUCCCAUAUUUGCAGUUUAUUUACAGGAAGCUCCACUUCAGUUUUUAAUUAAGCAUUUACUGCUUAUAUCAGUAGCUCAUCAGAGCUACUGAUAUAUAUCAGAGCUUGCAGGGCAGCAGUUGAAGAAGGAGCAAAAAGGGUUUUCUCGUGUGUGUGUGUUUCUUUGUGGCUGAUUAGCUGCUCUCCCUGUGCAAAGGUCAGAGGGGGCAGGGUUUCUGUUGAGGCAGGUGAUUAGCUGUGGGAGGAGCUUAUCAGAGCUUGCAGGGCAGCGGCGUGCGCAGUUUCAUCCAUCUUUUAGAUUUAGGGGAGCUAGUCUCAAAUGUUUGUUGGGGGGAGACCUAGGUGUUGGUGGGGGGAGUUAUUUGUCCUGUCUUCACGCUUUUUAUGAUGGAGGACCACUGUAGCCACCCCCAACGACACGUUCUCAAGAUGGAGGGGGAGGGAACAGCUGCAGGUUCUUACGCAAUGUUUGCCAUCUUGCCAAAGGUUGCAGGCAGCUUUACCUGCAGCAAUUGCAUGUUGAUUGCCCUCUUAAAAGACAAAGUCCAGCAACUGGAGGAACGUGUAGCUACGCUCCAAAGAAUUAGAGAGCUGGAGCUCUUCUUGGAAGCAACAGAGCACACCGUCUCCACCAAGGAGGAGACAGGGGACUCCCCUGAGAAGGAGGCUAGUUCACCAACACAGGAGCCAGAUAUAUGGAGAAACGUGACUCAAAGAAGUAGGAGGCCCAGGGUUCGCUCUGAUUGUUUAGAAAUACACAAUUGCUUUGAGGUCCUCUCCCCUAGCAUGGAAGACGAAGAGCAGACUCCAUUUGAGGAUCUCUCCCUCAUUACAGUCGAUCAGGUAAAUGAAGACGAGCAGCAAAGUCAGUCCUCAGGGAAUGUGCAGGCGACCUUGGAACGGACAGCUCACGGAAGAACCCCGACCAAACCUAAGAGGAGGCGUGUAGUGGUGAUAGGGGAUUCCCUACUGAGGGGAACAGAAGCAGUGAUCUGUGGGCCUGACAAGAUGUCUCGGGAAGUGUGCUGUCUCCCCGGGGCUAACAUCCAAGAUGUAACUGAACGACUGCAAGGAAUCAUAAAACCCACUGACAAAUACCCCUUCCUCUUGGUUCAUGUGGGAACCAAUGACACUGCAAGCAAUAGCCUCCAGUAGAUCAAAAGAGACUACGAGGCUCUGGGCAGGAAAUUGAAGCAAUUAAAUGCACAAAUUGUCAUCUCAUCUGUCCUCCCAGUUGAACGACGUGGCCCAGGGAGAAAGGGAAAAAUAGUGGAAGUGAACAGCUGGCUUCGCAAAUGGUGUAAACAGGAACGGUUUGGAUUCUUAGAUCACGGACUGCAGUUUCUUGAAGAUGGACUUCUGGCAAGUGAUGGGCUGCACCUCACAACGGUUAGGAGAAAUGUUUUUGCCAACAAUCUCAGAAACCUCAUCAGGAGGGCUUUAAACUGACUAAUGUGGGGGAGGGAGACAGUGCUCCUGAAGGUAGGAGUCUAUCAAUUGAUGAAGAUGAUCAUCCAAAUGUCAUAGACCAAAUGGAGCAAACAGCACGCAGACCUAGUGGUGGGAGGAAAAAUCCUUAAAUAAGAGACACGGGGGAAUGAUUAAUGGACUUCAAUGUCUGUACACUAAUGCGCAAAGCAUGGGAAAUAAACAAGAUGAGCUUGAGCUCUUGGUACAGCAAACUAAAUAUGACAUAAUAGGCAUCACUGAAACCUGGUGGGAUAAGUCCCACGAUUGGAAUGUAAUAAUGGGGGAAUACAAUCUAUUUCAGAGAAACAGACCAGACAAGAAAGGAGGAGGAGUGGCAUUAUAUGUCAGGGAUGUGUAUACCUGUGAAGAGAUCCAAGAUUUAGAACCUCAAAGCCAAAGUGAGAGCAUUUGGGUCAAAAUUAAGGGAGAGAAGAAUAACAGUGACCUCAUUGUGGGAGUUUACUAUAGAUCCCCAAGCCAAACGGAGGACAUAGAUGAUGCCUUCCUGGAACAGAUGGCCAAGCAUGCAAAAGGAAGGGAGAUAGUAGUAAUGGGGGACUUCAAUUACCCGGAUAUUUGUUGGAUGUCAAACUCAGCCAAGAGCAUAAGGUCAAACAGAUUCCUCACUGGCCUUGCAGACAACUUCAUUGUCCAGAAAGUGGGAGAAGCAACAAGAGGAACAGCCAUUUUAGAUCUGGUCCUAACCAAUGUUGAUGACCUGGUUAGUGGGGUAGAAGUGGAAGGAUCAUUAGGCGCGAGUGAUCAUGCUCUUCUGAAGUUUACUAUACAGCGGAAAGGAGCAGCCAAGCAUACUAGGACUCAAUUUCUUGACUUUAAGAAAGCCGACUUCAUAAAACUUAGGGAAGUGCUGGGUGAGAUCCCAUGGACAGUAAUACUAAAAGGAAAGGGAGUUCAUGAUGGCUGGGAGUUUGUUAAGAGGGAGAUACUAAAAGCACAACGUCAGGCAAUACCAAUGAGACGGAAACAUGGAAGGUGCCUAAAGAAGCCAGGGUGGCUAUCUAAAGAACUUUUAACUGAGUUAAGAUUUAAAAAGGAUGUGUACAAAAAAUGGAAAAGGGGGGAAACCACCAAAGAGGAAUUCAAACAAAUAGCCAGCACAUGUAGACACAAAGUCAGAAAAGCUAAAGCACAGAAUGAACUCAGGCUUGCUAGAGAGGUUAAAAGCAACAAAAAGGCUUUUAUGGGUAUGUUUGUAGCAAAAGGAAGAACAAAGAAACAGUGGGGUCACUCAGAGGAGAAGAUGGUGAAAUGCAAACAGGGGACACAGAAAGGGCUGAACUCCUCAAUGCCUUCUUUGCCUCAGUCUUCUCCGAUAAAGAAAACAAUGCCCGACCUGAAGAAUUUGGAGCAAAUGAUUCAGCAAAGGAAACACAGCCCAGAAUAACUAAGGAGAUAGUACAAGAAUACUUGGCUAGUUUAGAUGUAUUCAAGUCUCCAGGGCCAGAUGAACUGCAUCCAAGAGUAUUAAAAGAACUGGCAGAUGUGAUCUCAGAACCACUGGCAGUCAUCUUUGAGAAUUCCUGGAGAACAGGCGAAGUCCCGGCAGACUGGAGGAGGGCAAAUGUUGUCCCUAUUUUCAAAAAGGGGAAAAGAGAGGACCCAAAUAAUUACCGCCCAGUCAGUCUGACAUCAAUACCAGGGAAGAUUCUGGAGCAGAUCAUUAAGCAAACAGUCUGUGAGCACCUAGAAAGGAAUGCUAUGAUCACCAAUAGUCAGCAUGGAUUUCUGAAAAAUAAGUCAUGUCAGACUAACCUGAUCUCGUUUUUGACAGAAUUACAAGCCUGGUAGAUGAAGGGAACGCAGUGGAUGUAGCCUACCUUGAUUUCAGCAAGGCAUUUGACAAGGUGCCCCAUGAUAUUCUUGUAAAGAAGCUGGUAAAAUGCGGUCUUGACUAUGCUACCACUCAGUGGAUUUGUAACUGGCUGACUGACCGAACCCAAAGGGUGCUCAUCAAUGGUUCCUCUUCAUCCUGGAGAAGAGUGACUAGUGGGGUGCCACAGGGUUCUGUCUUGGGCCCGGUCUUAUUCAACAUCUUUAUCAACGACUUGGAUGAUGGACUCAAGGGCAUCCUGAUCAAAUUUGCAGAUGACACCGAACUGGGAGGGGUGGCUAACACCCCAGAGGACAGGAUCACACUUCAAAACGACCUUGACAGAUUAGAGAACUGGGCCAAAACAAACCAGAUGAAUUUUAACAGGGAGAAAUGUAAAGUAUUGCACUUGGGCAAAAAAAUGAGAGGCACAAAUACAAGAUGGGUGACACCUGGCUUGAGAGCAGUACAUGUGAAAAGGAUCUAGGAGUCUUGGUUGACCACAAACUUGACAUGAGCCAACAGUGUGACGCGGCAGCUAAAAAAGCCAAUGCAAUUCUGGGCUGCAUCAAUAGGAGUAUAGUAUCUAGAUCAAGGGAAGUAAUAGUGCCACUGUAUUCUGCUCUGGUCAGACCUCACCUGGAAUGCUGUGUCCAGUUCUGGGCACCACAGUUCAAGAAGGACACUGACAAACUGGAACGUGUCCAGAGGAGGGCAACCAAAAUGGUCAAAGGCCUGGAAACGAUGCCUUAUGAGGAACGGCUAAGGGAGCUGGGCAUGUUUAGCCUGGAGAAGAGGAGGUUAAGGGGCGAUAUGAUAGCCAUGUUCAAAUAUAUAAAAGGAUGUCACAUAGAGGAGGGAGAAAGGUUGUUUUCUGCUGCUCCAGAGAAGCGGACAUGGAGCAAUGGAUCCAAACUACAAGAAAGAAGAUUCCACCUAAACAUUAGGAAGAACUUCCUGACAGUAAGAGCUGUUUGACAGUGGAAUUUGCUGCCAAGGAGUGUGGUGGAGUCUCCUUCUUUGGAGGUCUUUAAGCAGAGGCUUGACAACCAUAUGUCAGGAGUGCUCUGAUGGUGUUUCCUGCUUGGCAGGGGGUUGGACUCGAUGGCCCUUGUGGUCUCUUCCAACUCUAUGAUUCUAUGAUGUCACAGGCAUUAUCCAAUAUGUACCUAUAACAGUCAGGAUGCAUCCUACAGUAGAUUUUUUUUAUUUUGCCAGGUGCUUCCUCAGACACUAUGAAAACUGGAAGGAGUGGUUUGCUGCUGAUGGCACUGCAAACAGAAAGUCACUAAGUGUGCAUUGUACAUAACAGGAGCAGGUCAAUAAUACAUCCACUUAUUUGAAAAUAUAUUAUCUAGCAAGUGGUAACAGUAAGCUUGCCACUUUUUCCUUCAGGCUUUAUUCACCAAGGCCUUUGGAUUGAAAGCAUUAAAACGCAAAAGGCUCAUUCUUAUUCUUAUCCUUAAAUUUAUUACCUGCCCUUCACCAGCAGGUGCCAUGGCAGGAUACAACAAUUUGCCUGCCUCGAAAUCCCAUGUCAAUUAAACAAGACCUGUCAUCAUCUAAAAAGACAAAACUUGCUAAGGGAAAGAUGUUGACAUGUUUCUUGACCAGUUCAAUUCUCAACUGAGCCAGAUUUUCAUUUUUCACAGCCACUAUGAAGGUUGAAAAGUUGGCUUGGUUGAAAAUUAUGCUGGUGCAGGAGGAUGUCAGAAUCUUUUGUUUUGCACAGAAGAUAUACCGGUAGCAAGGUUUGCAUCUUGUGAUGCUUCUGCUUGUACUCAGCAGGGACUUUUUAUUCUAUGUCAUUAAAAGAGAAAAUCUCUCCAGCUUCCUAUCUACCUUUAUGUGUGUGGUGUGUGUUCACUGCCGGUGAGUUCUUUUGCUCUACAAACCUCAGCACCUGUCAGAUACAUACAUACCUGGUUAUUUAUGGUAGGGAUCGUUUAGAAGCUCACAGCUGCAAGACAGCAAAGAGAGAAUCUCCUGAGGCUGAGAAAUUUACUGGCUGAACCACUGAAAAGUUGUGUCUUCCUGGAAGUUAAACAGCAGCUUAUUUUAGUAGAAGUAAAUAGGAACUCGAAUAAAGAAAGGGCACUUUUUUAAAAGGACAAAAUAUAGAAGAAAAAAGUAUAUCUUUGACUUUUUAAAGUGUGACUUUUUAAAGGCUAAGAAAUGUGAGAAUGUUGAAACAAAAACAGGAUAAUUUCAAUAGAAUUACAUUGGCUUUGUGAAUUAAUCUUGCCUACUCAUGCUUGCUUUUUCUUACUAACGGGAGGACUUUUCCUUUAUAAUUGGAAGAAAUAGAUAGGAAGAACCCACUGACUAGGAACAGAGCAACACUUAUAUGAAGCUCCCUAUGUUUGAAAAUAACUAGAUGGGGCCUUUUAAGUGCCAUGAUGCUCGUAAGAUUUUUGAAAGUCAGGAAGACCUUUUCAGUAGUUGCGCCUUCUCAGUGGAACUCCCUGACAAAGGUUUUGUGCUUCAUUUAUGCUUUAAAUUGCAUAAGUUGGGUCAUUUUAAUUGCAUGUUUUAUGAUUUGAAUACUUCAUUAUUUUAUUACUUCAUUGGGAAUAUUUUCGGAUUGAAAGGUGAGGUAGAAUGAGUAUAUCAUUAUACAACAUACUGGGCUGAAACACCUCUACCUGCUGUAAAUCUGUGCAAUUUACCUGCGCAUAAGCAGAGGUUGGAUGGCCAUCUGUCAUGGAUGCUUUAGCUGAGAUUCCUGCAUUGCAGGGGGUUGGACUUGAUAACCCUCUAGGUCCCCGCUCUACAAUUCUGUGAUUCUAUAAAUUCCAUUGAACUCAAAGGGGCAUACUUCUGAGUAUGCAUGUGUAAUAGAUAAUUUUAAAAUUACAUAGAGUGUCAGUUUGUGAGCUUUUAAAAUAUCUUAGUCACUGGUAUCUCAGCACUCUGUUGAUCUAGUGCUGUGACUGUCAUUAGAGGCUUAAAAGCUGGACAAUAAACCAGGCAUAGGCAAACUCCAGAUGUUUGGGACUACAAUUUCCAUCAUCCUUGACCACUGGUCCUGUUAGCUAGGGAUGAUGGGAAUUGUAGUCCCCAAAAUCUGAAGGGCCAGAGUUUGCCUAUGCCUGCAAUAAACCUUAAUUGUCUCUCUUAAACAAGAAAAGAACAGCAACAGUGGAGCAACUACAGAUGUUCUUGGCUGAGGCUGAUUAUCUAGAUCUACUGCAGUCAGGUUCAGAUCUGCUUUUGGAACUGAAUCAGCCAAAUUUCUUAAAUUACUGAUGUUCAAUAAUUCACAUAUCUUUAUAUCUCAAGAGGUUGUAUGUAGCAGCCUGCUUGUAUCUUUGUUGUGCAUGACCUUUGGAGACUGCAGAACUAUAAAUACAGUUUGCAAGUCUAAGAGCAGCUAUAUGUGAUUGGGAGAAGCAUGGGGUAUGGUCCUCUUGAAAAUGUACAGCUUCAGAACGCAGGUAGAGGACCGUGAAGUUGAAUACCGGUACUUUGCCAUCUCAAAAACGCGCCACCUGUGAAAAUCUCUCAUGGGAAUGAGGAGGGUUCUAAUGUGGUCACAUAAGUUUCAUGAUGUGCAAUGGGGCUAAUUCUGUAGUAUGCAUGUUUAAGAUUGCAGCCUUAAAGUGGUUUUUUAUUAUAAUUUUUGUGUGUGUGCUAGAGUGGGACUUUUAGGUAGGUAAAGAUACAUUAUCAUGGAGACAGUGGCAGACUGUCUCAGUCCUAUGAUUGUUCCAUGGGGCGAUAUCCUUCAAGGAAGGAUGCAAAUGGCCUUGAGCUAUUUAGGGCUGAGGAUAAUGUUUCAGCAUUUAAAAAAUUCACCAAGUAAUCAUGAAGGCUAAGGCAGUGCUGACCUCGUUGGAGCUCAGUGAACCCCGACGACCAUUCCUAACUGAGAGAAAACGGUUGGCCAGAAAGAGGCAGUAGGGUGGGAGACAGUUUCUCCCAGCUCUGUGGAUUUCAAACUUCCUCCCUUCCAAGGAAUUUUCCCAUAUCAGUCGCUAUAAACAGAGGAACCCCUCUGGACCUGCCAUUGAGCCCUUGCAUGUUGCUGACCAUGCUAGGAUACGCUCUCAGGUCAUGCCGAGUGCCAGCCAGGUCAGUUGGGCCUUGCUGCCCACUCAAACCUAGAGCUUGCCCUAGAAUGUGCCUAAUGUUCCCUCAUGUAGUUGCAGCAGAAGAUAAGUAAAGGCGAUAAACUGCCUGUCACGGAAGCUUGCCUGCCAUUGCUAAUCUUCUUAUUGAGGACCCUCCAAUAAGCUUCGUAGGAAUUCCUGGAUUCCCAGGAAGAUACUUUGCAGAUCCCUGUUUUUUAGACGAGAUGAUAUAUAUAGGACACUUUUGACUGUCCCAAAUUCUCCUCUCCAUACCCUCCCAAGUAUGACAUGAAAUAGCCCCAAAGAGAAAAUGCAUAAAUUGUGGCUGUCCUGGAUGCAUUCUGGGAUAGCAUUCAGGAAUUUAAGUGUGUGUAGAAAUGUCCUUGGACUAAAGCUGUGACCAUGUUAGCACCAGAUCAAAAGAAUGCCCAAACAAGUGCCAGGAAUAAACAGAUGACAUCAUAGGAACACUAUGAGCUGUUUUCCUUUGCCAUAUCACUGGGGUAAAAGUGAGGUCUGAAAGUGCCCUCAGUCAUAACAUCUUUGGUUAGGUGUGUCUGGUUCCAGGGCAUCAUAAACAAUGACCCUGAUGUGAGGAAUUUACAGUCUAAAUUGGAUGAAGCCCAAACUAUGCUGACAAAACAGAGUCAUGCAUGGUCAUUGUUGAUUGGUUUAUAUUGUGUUAGCAAUGGAAUUAAAAAUGAUGUCUCAGCUGAUGCGCUUCCAGCAUUCUGGAAAUUAAUUUAAUGCUCAAAACCAGGGGUCAGCAAACAUUUUCAGCAGGGGGCCAGUCCACUGUCCCUCAGACCUUGUGGGGGGGGCGGACUAUAUUUUUUGGGGGGGAAUGAACUAAUUCCUACGCCCCACAAAUAACCCAGAGAUGCAUUUUAAAUAAAAGCACACAUUCUACUCAUGUAAAAACACCAGGCAGGCCCCACAAAUAACCCAGAGAUGCAUUUUAAAUAAAAGCUCACAUUCUACUCAUGUAAAAACAUGAUUUCUGGACCGUCCGCGGGCCGGAUUUAGAAGGCGAUUGGGCCGGAUCUGGCCCCUGGGCCUUAGUUUGCCUACCCAUGCUCAAAACAUUCCCCGGCAGGCAGUGAAGCAGAAACUAAUAUUGACUUAAUAAAAUCUACAUAUGCUAAAAUGUUAAUGCAAAAUGUAGUGAUGGGUGGAUUAGCAGUUAGCAAAGUCAGCAUUUUAGUUUUGAUAAAAGUACUUUUAAUUGUCAAUCUUAAACUUGUUAGAGUUGUUUCGCAUAAAACUACAUGCUUGCAAGAAAACAAUCCCAAUCUGCUGCAUGACAGCUUCAUACAUGCACACUCAUGAUUCUGUGAACAAAUGUAACAUCAGGUCAGAUUAUUUGUCCAGCUCGCUGAAUUUUUUCCAUGCCUUGUCAGGUGGCUGCAAAGAUGCCUGUUUGUCCCCUACUGAAAUUAGGCUUUAAAGAGGCAUUCUGUUGUAGCCAGCAGAGAGUACAUUAAGGUGUGUGCUUGGUUGCAGAGUGUUUGUCGUCCCCAUGGACAUUUCUUUGGUUUGCAAAUGUGCCCAAGGGUCAAAAAUUGACCCUUGAGGGGUCUCAGGCAGACGUUUUUCAUAUCACCUCCAGGAUUCUCACAGUGGCAGCCAGAUGCUUUUGAGAAACUUCUUCAGACCUUUGUGCUACUCAUACAGAGGUUUAGACAGCAACUGUCAUGCCCAGGAACAUUGGGGCCAGGGAUUGCAUGUAUGCCCCUUCACCUGUUUUACUCUUUGCAUGUUCAGGCAAACUCCUAAACCGAACUUGUGUUUCUGAUUUUAAGCAAAGGAAGGUAGAUAACAGAUGGGUCUGGUAGGUGUGGGAUCCCAGAAUGCAAUUUUUCAAGGCUCAUUCAUUAUCUUUUAAUCAAGGGUCUGCAAAUGUGUUCACCAGCCUACUACCAGUGGCAAUCUUAAACUGCAUCUGUGACAUGCAUACACACAUGCACACAAACAAAUACACACAAAGUGAGAGACAGCUAGGCAGGGGCUCACUUCUGACUUUGUAUUGGAUUUUGGAGGCACUUGUUAGCCAUAAGUAGUCAUACUGCUUCCAAGUGCCUCUGAAGGCAAACAUUAUCUCAGGGCUGAGUCAUUGCCCUUCUGCCAUACAGAAAGCACAGGAACAUUGAACAUUGCACAGGACCGACAUUUGUGGAUUCCAGCUUUUAAUCUUACAUUGAUAAGAGUUUCAGUAUUCGGCUGGGCUGGGCUGGGCUGGGCUGCAGAUUCAGCCUGGCAUCUGUUCACUGUGCAGAGCUCUUAGAUGUUUUCGAAGUAACAUUUGCAGGACUCUGCUAAUCCAAAUCUCAUUUACAGUCUAAUGAAACCUGGAUGCUGAAAAUCCCAUAAACAAUCCAAGGGGGACAUGUUUGUUGGCCAGUUGUCACAGCUACACUGGCUUCCACUCUUGUCAAGGGAGGAAGAGAAGACAGAGCCUGUCUCAGUACCCAUUGCGAAUAGGGAGCCCACAUCCAUCAUUUUCCCAGAAGGGGAGCCCUGUUCAUCUAUUGUAGGAAAGCCUAUAAUGAUGCUUGUGCUACCUUAAAUUCUAACAAAUACAGUAUGGUAUAAGAUUCAUCAGAUGUGUUUCCUUGAGUUGCUGGUGUUGUGAGAGAAUUUGUAAAUAGAAAGGUCAGAGGGCAAUGGAAUGCAGACAGUUCAGACAGUGACAAUUACUUUUAACAGCAUCUCUUCACAAAGGAUGUGUAGGUGAUGAGAGAAACAUCCUGGCAUUGGAUAGCUAAUUAAAACAAAUUGUGACCCAUUAUCUGAAUUCAAGCCACAAAUGAUAGAACCUAGCCCCUUGACAAGCCUACAUGCGUAUUAGUAAUGUUCUUCUGCAAAUCCUCCAACAUUUUGUGACAAAAAUUCAGGGCACCCCCCACCAUCCCCGUCGUUGACCCCUUCCUCGCCUGCCUGCCUCAACCUUCUCGCUUGUCCCCUCCUUUCCCCCUCUCUCUUAUCUUUGCUGUCUUCUGCCUCCUGCCUCCUGCUCUGCAGCCUCACAAGAUGUGGUGUGGCCUCUGGGAAGGUUGCCCCUCUCCAUGCUGCAUCUGAAAAACCAGGGCAUCCCGGAUUGGGAUCAGAAGCUGGGGCAGCUUCUGUCAGUUCAGGAUGUCCUGAUUAAAUCAGGACACUUGAGGGGUAUGCUUCUGAUACACAUCUUCCUCCAUUCAUAUAGACAUCAGGGGUGUCCAAACUUUUUUUCAAAGAGGGCCAGAUUUGAUGAAGUGAAGGGCCGUAAGGGCCGACCAAAGUUGUUGAUCCUUUUUUAGGUUCAAAAAUGUUGAGGUUUUUUUUUAGGAUUUUACCCCAAGAAAUAAACUGCCACAGGGGCCGGAUUAGGCCCCCAAAAUGGACUUUGGACAUGUCUGCUAUACAUACUACAACUGAGUUUUGUAACUAAAGUUCAAUCUGUUAUGGAACUUCUGGGUCAGCGCCAUCGGUGAAUGGCGGAGUUCCUCCGACCGGAGGAACGGGCUCCGUGGAAACUGGGUCUUCCCGCCGCAGCGAAGGUGGGGACCCGCUAGAAAUCCCAGGCGGAGGAAGCCUGGGAACGUGGGGUUCGGCAGGGCACCAGGAGCGCCCCCCUACUCACCGGGAACCCCAUUUUGGGGCGCCGGAGCGAAGUGGGGUGAGCAGUGCGGUGCUGCGAACUGAUUGCUAUUUUCAUGGAGUGAAGCCGCACAGCCAUUGCCGAAGAGCGCUGACUUUUUCCUGUGGACAAUUGGAUUUAAAACAAGUACCCGUGAGUAGAAACGGAAAAUUGGAUCAAGAAAUAUCUUAAUUUGGCAUCGAAGCGGGAAGGUUCAAAACAGGAAGUCCGCCUUCCGCUUUUUGUAUAUAGACUAAAGCAAAAAUUUUGUAAGCUAAAGCCUGGAAAGCCGUUAAAAAAGUCUAAAUUUCCUUCAUUUAGAAUUACUGAAACCCCCUUGGAAGCAGGAGAAAAGGGGGGGAACUUUGUUUAACCCCUGCAGGAGAGGAAGUGAAGAAGGAUAAGUUUCCACCGUCUCUAACCUGGGAACGGGGUGUCAGAGACAGAAAUAGUUGGAGAGGUUCAUUGACUGUGAAUGGAAUACUUUGACAAAUAGCCAAAGAAGAGAAAUAAACUGAUUCCAAUGUUGCCUUUUGCAUUCUAAAGAAACAAAAUAUCUGAAAAAUAUCUGAAAAAUGAAAGUAAUUUUCCUUUGUUGGACUUGCCUUAAAAAAAAAAUGGAUACAAAUAGAAAUUGUCUCCUCUAGAGGGAGCUUGUCAAAUUGUUGCUGCAGUAUACUUAAGGACUCAGCAGCUGUGAGAUUAAGAUCGUGGGACCAGUCUUUUUUGACCUUGACUAAAGAUGAGCUGGGAGGAAGAUUGGGUGCUUGCUUUAUGCAAGACAAGUGCCUUGCUGGAACAGAUGCAUGAGAAGAUGGAUUCGAUGAAUGAGAAAAUGGACUUGAUGACUGUUGUGGUUAAUAACUGUGGACAAACAGGGAACAUUGAUACAGAAACCAUUCAGGGACCAAUUCAUGAACCUGUACUGAUUGGGCAAGUGCAGAAGAUAAUGGAGGAGGAUGCGGUUGCACCUCAAAUAAUACAAAUGGAGAGACCCGAGGCCCUACAGGAGCAUAAGCCGCUGUCAUUGAAGAUUGAAGUUGGAGCGGGCCAGGGGGAGUCUGGAGCUGAGGAGGUUCCUAUCUUUGGAGAGACCUUGACUGUGGGGAGUGGGACUGUGGGGAAUGGGCGGGUUUGAUGAAGGGAGAUGGAGACAAUUUUGGGUUGGAAUCCCCCAGAGACCUACUCCUCAAUGAGAAAGGAAAGAAAUUAAGAAAGAGACCAACAAAAGACAAGGAAAAGGGCAAGUAUAAACAAGAAGAAGAAGAUCUGCAGAAGGGACAUGGAAGAGACUUAAGGGCCUCGGACAUAAGACUUCCAGGUUGAUGGACUAGAUGGAAUGGACAGUAAGGACUGACACGACCCGAGACCAGGAAGAAGAGACGUUAGAUGAAGAUUGGAAGAAAAUUUAUACAGAAAAUUUUUUAUUUAGGAAAUUAGCCUAAAAUUAAUGAAUAUUAGGGAAAAUGUUGGAAUGAAACUAUAUGACUCUAGCAGAAAUGAUAUCAGGAGUUAUGUAUAUUUGAGUAUUAAGAUUCAAGCUUUAAGGUACUUUAUGGUAAGAUAAGGUUAAAUAAAUUAAGGUAAUUUGAAUAACAGAAUAUGGGGAAAGAUGGAAAGGAUUUGUUGAGCUAAUUAUUAGGUUAAAUUGUUAAGAUCAAUUAUUUAACAAACAUUGAGAAAGAUGGAAAGAAUUUGCUGAAAUAACUAAUUAAACUAGAAUACAAAAAGGGAGGUGUGAGGAGGUCAAUGAAACAAGCAAAUGGAAGUUAAAGAUAUGUAAUUUGGGAUUUGUGUCUUUUUCUUUUUUUUCUUUUUUCCUUUUUUAAAAAUCUUUUUGCUGUAUUGUUGUAUUUGUUUUUGCGUUUUUUCUUCUUUUUUAUGUAUUGUAGUGUUGUUUUUUAUUUUUUAUUUUUUCCCUAUAAUUCUGAAACUAUUAAUAAAUAAUAUUUAAAAACAAAACAAAAAAACAAUCUGUUAUGUAGGAGAUGGAGCAGGGUGUCAGACAGUCGUCAGCCCCCGCCAUGUUAGAUAUGGUUCCUGUGCAGGGUGUUUGCUCUGAUACUUCCAUGUAUAAUAGAACCCGUUGCAGAGAUUGAAAAUGGAGAUAAAAUCUUUCUUUCCCUUUCAUUCAGGCUCUCUCUUUUCCACACAGCAGUGAUGCAGAGAGCAGAGAUACUAGCCAGCCACCAGCAGACAGGUUUUUCAUGAUUAUCUCUAGGCCAGCAGUAGGAAUGUGGGAGAAAAUUGAUUCAGUUUGCAUUUAUAGGUGAAUCUACCUAAUCCACACUUUCUGAAACUAUGUGUGCAAACCAAAACACAGCGAUCCUUGGAAAUUCACACUUUUUGCACUGCAGUUUUCCUGAAAAGUAAUGUGGAAAGCAUGCACGAAAUGGAUGGGGUGGGGAGGAAUUCAGUUUGUGGUAUGGCAAUCAUUCUAUCAGAACAAGCAUUUCAGCUUGCUGGAUGGAAGAAUCUCCCUCAACUGGUCCCACACAUUGUUCUGUAUGUUCUCCCCGCAACCCCUAGCCAAUUUGAAGGUGGGGGGAGGGGAAAGCCCCAUUGUGUGGUGCUUCUAUUAGCAGGACUUGUUAGUUGAAUCUGGCCCUACCAUUAGUAAAAAUAGCAUACAGACACCAAUUACCGGUAUAUAAGGGGAAAUGGCUUUGUAUAUUAGACAAAGUUACAUACAGACAUUAGGAGAAAUUUGUACUAAAUGCUGCUGAAUUUUCAUGAAGACAUUUUUUUAAGCAAAACAAUAUGGAGAUGUAGAGAACUUAAUUUAAGAGUGGGGAAAUGAGAAACAGAGAGAAAACUAAACUGAUGGAUUUGCCUAUCCCUAUCUAGCAGUGGGCAGAAUUAAGACGUAUGAGAUCUUGGGUUCUGCUGCACUGUGGAUAUAACCUCCAUAUGUAAAAGAAUAUUGUUUUUUCAUUAGGUAUAUGUUUAGUCUGUGAGUUUUUUCUUCUUCUUUCUGUUCACAUAGAAAGCCAUAAUUCAACCACCCGCCAUUCUCAUUUGUCUUCUUUUUGAUAAUUCACUAUUGUUUCAAGCAUCUGGCUAGAGUUCAGAUGCCUCUUAGGAAACCUAGUUAAGGUUGUAAUCUUCCUUGCCAACUCAACCUCGUGCAGGAGUAUGUUGCCUACUGCAUCUCAGAUCAGGAUGCUCCAAAGGGACAUCAAUCAUUCAAUCUCUUCCACAAUUAAUGAUCUAAGUAGCUGUGGGGUUUCAUGCCAAGAAGAUAUUGAUGUCCUUGUAGGGCUUGAUUUAUGUUUAGUUUAAUUAUGUUAAAGUGCAGUGCCUCAGCUAAACUGGAGCAUUUGAUCAUGUGUUAAUUAUCUGAGCGAUCCUAGGUGUUGAUCCUUGGGCAGUCGUUCUUUAAACAGAUCCACUGUUUAGAACCUGCCUCUUUAUUAAAUGAUAAGAAAAUAGCGACAGUAGGUUUCUAAUGGGGGGGGGGAUUCAAAAUGAUCUGUGUGACCUGUGAAAGACUGCCAGGGUCCAUGAAGGAAGGAUAGACAGAAUCACUCAACAGGUAAAUAGAUGCUCUUGUUAAGUAUGUGUUUAGGUAUCAGAUCUCAGUGAGUGUUACUUUUUCUCAGUAUUGGCCUGGGGCCCAUUUGUCCAAGACUCUCUUAAUAGAAAUGCAGCUCAUCCCCUGGCUUACUGUGAAGUGUGGCCCUCCAUUUUCAUUCAGGGAAAGGUGAGCUCUGCCUGUGAAGCCUGACCCAGUUAUCUGGAAUAGGCAGGACUGUGGGGGAAUGUGAAGGCUGUCAUUCUUAUAUCUAGAGACUCAUCAUAGCCUCAUGCCUUUCCCCACACCUCUCUCCUCUCAGUGCAUCUGGCACAUGGUUGCGACCCUGACCCUUCAUCUCACCCCUGCCUCCUAGGCUGCCUGCCCCUUUCUCUGUUACUGGUUCGAUCUAUGAUGGUACCUACUGUUGUAAAUUUCAUGGCAUGACACUGAAAGGCUGUCCAAUCCAAGCCUGGUUUAAAAAUAAAUAUCCCUAAGAAGGGGGAGCAGGAGGGGCCAUGACGUUGCCCAUCCUCAUUUGUCUCUCCCUUGGUGAUGCAUUUUCUUUUUCUUUUUUGGCAAUGUGUAAGCGGUCACCAGCAAUGGAGAUUGAAAUGCAUGACUCACAUUCCUGCAAGAUGCCAAUGCCUUGUUGGCUUGAAUUCCCAUUGCAGUCAUACUGAAUGUAGUGUCCUUCACUUCCUGCAAGGGUGGCCAUGAGUCUUAUUUUACAGAAGACAGUCCUAUAUUUGAAAGGUUGUCCAGUUCAAGUCCAAACAAGUUCUUUUAAGAGUCGUAAGAACAGAGAUCAGGCACUUUGAAGUUUGCCCAUCAACAGUUAGCAUUGGGACUGGAUGAGCAGGCACGCCAGUCUACCUAGGGUUUCUCCAGGCGACAUGGUUAUUCAGCAUUUAUCCUGAUUUGCUUCCAGAAAGCUUUCAUAGUGGCUAGACUAUUGUACUGCCUUUGUUGAGCUUUUUUUAUGAUUUGGUUUACAGGGAAAUUAUACAACAAUGACUGUUCAUCUUGCAUUUAUCAUGACUUGCUUGCACAAGGCGUCUAUAUAUCUUCCCAUUGAUCACUUGUUCAUCCCAGACUUUUCGGUGGAUUUCCCUGUCACUUUCCUAACCACAGAAGUCUGUUGUUGUUUCUUAUGUCAACUUGUUGUGCUGGGGCGGCAGAGCACUUUAAUCCACUUUUAACUGCAAACCUAAAUGUUUGCCAUGCUCUUGAAUCCCUCCUGCAAAAUAGUGACAGUAUGGAGGUGCCGUAGUCACUACGGUGAAAUGUAAUAUAUUUCUGUUGAAAGUAUAGUGAUUAUUCCUAAAUUCUGCCUAUGUGGCCAUCCUACUAGCUGCCCCCAAACCAUUCAUAGAGGUCUCAUUCACACUUCUCUUAUCCCACUGUUUUCACUUGGGAAAACUCACUCUUUACAGCUGAAUUGGAGCAAACAUCCAUCAGGUUUUCCAUGGAUUGACGUUUGUUCUGAUUCAGCGAUAAGUGGCAGGUUUCCCAGGGAAAGCGGUGGGGCAAACAGAAAACUCAGUCCCUUGCCUUCGAAAGCACAGGACAAGUGCAAGUGUGGCUCUAUCACAUAAGAAGAUAUAAACAGCAUUUUGAUCUCAUACCAAUUCAAGUUUCAAUUUACCCCACCCAAUUUAUUACAAAGCUGUUUGCUCCCAUCACUACUCAUUCCUUGUAUGAACACAAACAAGUAUUUCAGGUGUGUUUAUCUUAGGAGGACCAACUCUGGUUGACUUCUUCAUCCAUCCCUGGCUUUGUUGGUGGUUUUUGUGCUUAGAAGGAAGGUGCUGCUUAAGAUGGGCUGAUGCAAUCAUGCUAAAGUUCUAGACGGCAGCCUUUGAGGGAAGACCCUUGUGCAAGGAGACGCCUGAAGAUUAGCAUGAUGAGGGGUUGUCUGAUGUUAUUGCCAAGUUGUUCCUUUGAUCUCAUUUUUCUGGAGUCACGAAUGACUGAGGAGGGCUGAGCUUAUAGCUGUCAGUGGAGAAAGAUGUUAGCUGAUAUUUGAACUUCCAUUGAGGUAGCCAUGUUACAUAGCUGUGACAGGAGAGGUUUCGAAUAAAAGGAAAAUAAGUUUUUCCACCAUAGCACAGCCUCAUCUUUUUGUUAAAGAAUAGAGUCGAUGAUAGUAGGUGCUAUUGGAAUGUUGCUGCUUGUGAAGACUACUGGAGAAAAAAUAUUGAAUUGUUUGCUAUAUCCCUAUAUUGCUACCAUUAAUCACAAUAAGUCAUUUUCUACAUUACACUGAGGAUAGUGUCUUGUAUUGCAAAAAUAAAUAAUUGUCCCCAGGGCUAUAUACAGGCACAAGUUAAUGGGUGAGCCAGCAACAUAUAUAUUGGCAACUUCCAAAAUUUUCUAUGCUCAUAUUUUCGUGUUGAAGGAUACAGAUUUCAGCACCACUCCUUUGAAAUGAGGGAAAGGUCAUAGCUCAGUGGUAGAGCACAUGCUUGUAUACGAAAGGUCCUAGGUUCAAUCCUCAACAUUUUUAGAUUGGCCCAGGGAAAAACUCCUUUCUUGAAACCCCAGAGAGCCUCUGCCAGUUGGACUAGAUAAUACUGAAUUAGACAUACCAAUAUUUGGACUUGAUAUAAGGCAACUUCCUUAUGUUCCUAAUUCUCCAUAAACAGACACACAUCAAGUGCAUUAAUGGAGGAACAUGAAUCCUACAUCUCUUCCCAGUCACUCCUUGCCCAUUAGCUGCUUUGAUUGGGUUUUUCACGCUGUCCCUCUUCUCAGUGAGUUCUUCUGGAGAGUUAAAGCUUUUGUGGCUAAAGAUCUGGUUUUACCUUGUGCUGCAUAUUCUGGACACUUUGCUUCCAACAUCAGUUCUUUAAGCACAAUAAGACAUAAAUAUGCCAUUGGGCCUCCCACAGAUUACAGUGGAAUUAAUCACACUGAUUAUAUGCUACCAAAAAAGGAGAUGCUGUGCCUGUUUACAGCUUCUUGGGGGCCUUCUGUGAGCUGUCAGGGCUUAAAACUGCAGAUUUCUACCUCCUCGGCCAAAUGUCUCCAAAUGGUCGUGGAGCCAGAGAGCUGCUUAACAGGAUGCAGGGUGCCAAAAGCAUUCCCCCACAGAACAGCCCUCAAAGGAUAGGGGUCUCUCUGGAUGAGUUAAUAGGAAGAAUCGUGCUUUCAGUACAAAGGAGGUUGAAGCGUGGUGGGAUUUGUGCAUCAAGAAACAGAAUGUCCUGUGGGUUAUCUAAAUAGAAUUGCUGGAGGGAGGGCAGAGAGUGCUGUGUACACACUAAGUGACUCAUGUGAGAUUCUUGAAAUGUUUCAUUGGGAUGUAGAUACUUAAGUGCCUUUGAAAGAUUCACUUCUUCAUACAGCACAUAGUUAACCUGUGGCAGAUGUAGCCAACCCUUCAGAUACUGUUGGGCUCCAGUUCUGUCAGCCCUGGCCAGCAUAACUAGUGGUCAAGGAUGAUGGGAGUGGCAACAACAUCUGAGGGGCAACUUGUUGGCUACCCUGACUUAAGGAUUCUUUGCUGCCACAAGAUAUGGUGAAGGGCACUUGGUUAGAUGGCUUUAGAGGGGGAUUACACAAAUUCAUGGAGGAGAAGGUUAUCAAUUGCUAAUAGCCAUGGUGUGUGUGUGUGUGUGUGUGUGUGUGUGUGUGUAUGCUCUUUCAAGGUUCAGGGGCAGAAUGCCUCUAAGUACCAGAUGCUGGGGAGCAGCAGAGAGAAGGGUCAUGCCCUAUUUCUCAAUUUCCCAGGUUUAUUUGCUUGGCCACUGUGGGACUUGAUGUUGGAUACUGUUAUUGGAAGGACAUGGAGGGGGCUUCUCCCAGAACUUUGUACCAAUGGAUACGGCAGAUUGCCUCGAAUGAGAAAUUUCCCCAUAAACUGAGGAUGGCAAGAGGGGGAAAAGAACACAGACACAUUUACAGCAGAAUGGUACAGUGGUACCUCGGGUUAAGUACUUAAUUUGUUCUGAAGGUCCGUUCUUAACCUGAAACUGUUCUUACCCUGAAGCAUCACUUUAGCUAAUGGGGCCUCCUGCUGCCACCAUGCCGCCGGAGCACGAUUUCUGUUCUCAUUCUGAAGCAAAGUUCUUAACCCGAGGUACUAUUUCUAGGUUAGCAGAGUCUGUAACCUGAAGCGAAUGUAACCCGAGGUACCACUGUAUUGUUUUAUUGCUUGCGUGGCUAAGAUGGACAACAAGAGCCUUCCUACAGCAUAUAGGAUAUUCUGGCUGGUCCAACAGCUGGACACUCUUCAUUUUGCAGAUUGAAACAGACUUUAUGCUCUGUGCUGCAUGUCUUGACUUUGUGCUUUGUUUCUUGCUGCAUCUUUGUUAUUGUUUAUAUUGUGAAAACUAAAAUAAAAAGUAUCAGAAAGAAAAUAAAGAAAUACGUUUUAUUAGUUUUCCUUGGCAUACCUUGCAUGGAGAAGAACUAGAUAUAGGUAGGGAGCUGUAGUUGAAACAAAAUAAAAAAUUCCUUGCACACGAAAGCUCAUACCAAUAACAAACUUAGUUGGUCUCUAAGGUGCUACUGGAAGGAUUUUUUUAUUUUAUGGAGAAGAACUGUACAUGAUCAUCUCUGCUUCCUUGCUAAAAAGCCUUCUCAGACUAUCACUUUACAGCACAACAGUCGCACAGUUGUUACUCGUAUGCUGCACCCAAAUGCCUCCUUUCAAGGUAGCACUUUUGUUGUGGAGCUACCAUGUUUUCUCACAAUUCUGACUGCCAUAUGUUAUCAUAUGUGCUUCUUCCGCCAGCUGGUGUAUUUUGAGAGCAGAGGAAAUGUGCUAGAUCUGGAAAGCUGCAACACUGCAAUUACUGAGCAAAAAAUCUGGUUGUGCAGAAAGGGUAUCUUCAGUAGAUGCCCAUGACUGUUGCACAAACGUCACACUUUAUCCACAAUAGCAGUAGCAGAUAACAUACAUAACCAAAGUAACGGGGCAGGGGCAGGACUGAAUUGAAUUUUGUCAGUGACAACAAUUUUCUUGUUGGUUUUUUCAAUGAUGAUUGCUUAAUGUGAACAGAAUAAAUCUGUAAUCUUCAUAAUAAAAAGAGUCUGGGAGUUUUGAUUUAAAAGGUAAAGGUAAAGGGACCCCUGACCAUUAGGUCCAGUCGUGACCGACUCUGAGGUUGCGGCGCUCAUCUCGCUUUAUUGGCCGAGGGAGCCGGCAUACAGCUUCCGGGUCAUGUGGCCAGCAUGACUAAGAGCAGCACACGGAAACGCCAUUUACCUUCCCGCCAGAGCGGUACCUAUUUAUCUACUUGCAUGGCGUGCUUUCGAACUGCUAGGUUGGCAGGAGCAGGGACUGAGCAACAGGAGCUCACCUCGUCACGGGGAUUCGAACCGCUGACCUUCUGAUCGGCAAGUCCUAGACUCUGUGGUUUAAUCCACAGCGCCACCUGCAUCCCUAAACUUUUUGAUUUAAAAGAGGAUUAGGCAAAUUCGUGGAUAAGACUAGCUAUCAGUGACUACUAGGCAUUAUGGCUAUGUUUUGCCUCCAUAGCUUCUGAAUACUGGAAACUGCAGAAGGGGAGAGUGGUGUUGGGUUCAGGUCUUGCUUGCAUGCUUCCCACAGGCAUCUAGUUGGCCACUGUGAGAACAGGAUGUUGCACCAAAUGGGUCUGACCUAGCUGGGCUCUUCUUAUGUUCUUUUGACUUUGUUGGUUUUUCAAGCAACCUGCUACUGCAAGCAGGCUAUAUAUAGGUGUCAUAAAUCUUUUAGGCAUCAAAUUUUCAAAAUAAGACAAAUAAGAAAUUGUAGGAACUUGGAGCUUAUUUUUGCUUUAUGGACAAUAAGCAAGGUAACUAUAUUAGUGGAAAUUGAGAGUAUAACAGUAUAUAACUUACCAGGAAAUCUGUGCUUUUGAGAUAUGUAAAAGUUUUUGUUUUCCCACAAGGUAGGUCAAUGAUUGCACAUUUAUUGACUGCUGCCCAUGUGGUCAUUAUUCACUGUUGGAGAAAAGUAAAUGCUCCAACAUUGCAGGACUGGAUAAUGAAGAUAUGGGAAGUCAAGCUGCCCAAUAUAGUAGAGUACAGGAAGGGAGACAAAUUAUUAACUAGCUUAUGGAGAAGUGGAGUUUAUUUUAUGAUGUACUGGUGUAAUAAAACAGAAGAAAAUGUUGAACUCUAUACUUUGCUAAGAACACUGCAACAUAAAUAUAAAUACAAAAGCUGGAUCUACUAAUCAACAAGCUAGUAAAAUGUAUAUCAUGAUAAUAUGUAUUUUUCAUUCCUCCUUACUCCUUUUAUUUUAUGUUUAAAACAGUUAAUUACAAAGCAAGGUCAUCUAUAUUAAGGAACUGAGCAUCAUGCAAGGCUGUCAUUAUGAAACCAUUUAUUGAAGAAGAGUCCUAUUCGCAUCAGAAGAGCCACCUUGGAAUAAAUGGCUGAGGAACUCAGCCUAAGACAGCCUUGGCAACAAAUGGAAAUACUAAUUGCCAUGAUGGAUGUUCUCUCCACAGGACUGCCCAUGCCAAAGCCAAGUCAGAAGGGGCUGAGCAAGCAGCAGUGGCAGCUAACAAUGAAUCCACUUUAGCCAGGUCGAUGGCCAGGGAACUAUCUCCGGAUUUCUAUCAGCCAGGUAGGAAAUGAAAUUAGCCCAGCUUUGAUUUGUUGACUUUCAGCAGUGGUGACAUUACUAUGGCACAGCCCAUAAGCUGAAGUCCUAUGAAGUGUUUGAGUGGAGGGCAUUUAAAACGCAGCAUGCAUGAGUUGGAGAGGGGGUGCUGAACCAAGUGGCUUUGCUGUCAAAUGACUUGAAACAUUGCAUAGGCAUAGGCACUGAGUGAGGAAAACCAUGCAAUUGGCCCAUGUCAUAUGUCAUAAUUAUAUACUUUUCAUGAUUUCACAGCCAAGAAUAGUAUUUAAUCGGAGAACUACAUACCGGCAACUCAUAUCUUACAUGGUGGCUAUGUUCCAGGGAUAGAGUGUAAAGCCAAAAUUGUGUACAGUGGUACCUUGGUUUGCUUCCAUUUUGGAUUACAACCAUUUUGGAUUACAACCAUGUCAAACCCAGAAGUGCGUGCCCCUUUUUUUGGAUUACAACCCAAUUUUUUUUUUGAGGCCCCAUUGGCGAAAGCACAUCUUGGGUUACAACCUGUUUUGGUUUACAACUGGACCUCUGGAAUGGAUUAUGGUUGUAAACCAAGGUACCACUGUACAGUCAAAACACAUUGGGUUCAAUAGUUGGUGGGAUUGCCAAAAUCUUUUUUCCCAGCCGUCCGCCCCCUUUUUUGUUUAAUAUUUUUUUACCAAGUACAUAAAGCUGAAUGUGUGCAAACUAAGCGCAUGUAAGUUUCAACUUAUAUUUUCAGCAAAUGAAUUUAAGGUUAACCCCUUAGCACUUUAAGGUUAACCCCUAGUCCUGAAUGUUACAUUGGCAUGUGUACACAUGUAUGUGUAUACAGACACACAUACAGAUAUAUAUAAUUGCAAUCUUUACUUGAUUUAGCAUGCAGUUCUAUACACUGAGAUCAGUGGGGCUUACUCUCAGAUAAGUGUGUAUAGGCCUUUCUCACAGGGAAGUGUGCACAGGAUUGCAACCUAACAAGACCAGUUGAUUAAUCAGAGGGAAAAUACUCAUUAAAAAUAUGUAUUCUGAGGUAAUAGGAGGAUUUCAUAGAAAUCAGUGGAGGCCAUAAAAAGUAGCCUUAGUAGUAUAAUAAUAUACCAAAGCCCACUGAUUUGUAUUUGUAUCAGUGUGGUGGUAUUUGUGUGAUUUAUUUAGACGAAGAUGUCACAAACAGAGAGUCAAGAGACUACGAAUGGUCAGUCUGCUGCUGAGUGCUAUUUUGAGGAGCUUGAGCAACUGGUGAAAUAGCUUCCAAAUAGCCUUCUUGCAGCCAGAAAUAAAUGGCCCUGAAUGGGUCUUUUUAUGAUUGACAGGAGCCUGCAGGCAGGGCAGGAUGGCUAAAAUAAAUGUUUUACAGUUCUCCUCCUCUUGAGCCCCUUUGGUAUAGAAAUUGUAUUAGCAUCCAAUUUAUACCAUUGCUUUGUCAGAAUGAUUGAACAGAUUUGCAGCUCAAUCCUAUAUAUAAUUUCUCAGGUCUGAGUUCCAUUGAAUUCAGUUGCGUAGGAAUCCAGCCUUAAAGAUGAUUCUCACAUUUCUGAAAUAGCAACUAUAUGCUAAUACCCUUCGUAUUUUCUGUAACCCUUUGUUUUAACCACAUGAAUGCUGUAUUUGUACAUGCUAUGGUGAGGCACAGGUGCCCAUGGUUUGCAUUAGUGGAGAACAUACGAGCCUCCAGAGAUAUUCUUAGACUCCAGCUCCCAUCAGCCCCAGUCAGUGUGGGUAAUGAUCUGGGGUGAUGGGAUUUAUAGUCCAACAGCAUCUGGAAGGCCACAGGUUCCCCAUUUCUCCGUUAGUGUAUAGUGCUGUAUACCUUAAGUCUGUUAACUGGAUUAAAAAAAACAAAAAACCAACUCAGUGAGAUUUGGUCUGCUUUUGUCCCUUUAUCAAAGGUUUAAGACCAUAAGCACACAAGAAGACCUUUGAUGGAUUAGUCCAGAGGUCCAUUAUCUUAGUAUCCUGCUCCCCAAGUAGAUAGAUCCUCCUAGGAAGCUCACAAGCAGGGGAUGAAGACAAAAAAUAUCCCUCAUUCUUUGCCCUAAUGCAAAGUGUACUUCCUCUAUAGUGGUUCCAUUGAACUGUCAUGGCUAAUAGCAAUUGAUGGACCUUUCUGCCAUGAAUUUGUCCAAUUCCCUUUUAAACCCUAGUGCUGUAUCCAGUUCUGUUCCACUCGCGCGACCUAUUUCUGUGCACACAAUGGAACUUCCUUUUUUUUCUCCUGUUCCCUCCAGCCCACUAUGCACCCUGAAAAUGUUUUCUGGGUGGCUUUGAAAAUAAAAAAUCAAUAUUUCAAAUUGAUCUGUUGGAAAGCAGAGGCAAUUUAUUAUCUAAGAUGUACAAUUUGUUGUUAGAAUGGUAUACUAAAGAUGAGGAAGUCAAAGAAGUGAUGAUAAAAUGGGCAAUAGAUUUUGGGCAUAAUAUUGAGUUUGAUUCUUGGACAAAACUAUGGAAUGAAAAUUUGAAAUUUACGGCUUGUAUGGCAUUAAAAGAAAAUGUAAUGAAGAUGAUGUAUAGAUGGUAUUUGACACCAGUAAAGUUAGUGGAAAUGUAUAGGAUGAGAGAUAAAACAUGCUGGAAAUGUAAAGAAUCAGAUGGAGAUUUUUACCAUAUGUGGUGGACGUGUGACAAAGUAAAAACAUUCUGGGAAUUGAUCUACAAUGAAUUAAAAAAAGAUGUUUAGAUAUACCUUUCCCAAAAAACCUGAAGCAUUCUUGGUAGGUUUGAUGGGAGAGGAAAUUGUGAAGUUAGACCAAAGGCUAUUUAUGUACACCACAGUAGCAGCGAGAACAUUUAAUGGAAGUUACAGGAGUUACCAAUAAUUGCAGACUGGCAGGCAAAGAUGAUGGACUUUGCAGACUUGGCCACUGAUUUGCAGGAUUCAGGACCAGGACGAUCAAAAAUUUCAAAGGGAUUGGAGUAAGUUUAUUGGAUAUUUGAAUAAUAAUUGCAAAAACUUGAAGACACUAGCAGGAUUGAAAUAAAUCCUACAAUGUGAACAAUAGAAGUUAAGGAGCUAAAGUGUGAAAAAGGCGGAAAACCUGCUGAAGGGAGGGAGAGAAGUCACACACUCGGCAGAGCAGAAAGUUUUUAUGUUUGUUAUUGUAUUGUCAAAAAUAUUAAGGAGAAAAAUAAUAAAAAAUUAUUUUUUAAAAAAAGAAAAGAAAAUAUUUUCUGCAGGGUUGAAGGACCCUCCAGAACAGAUUCUGGUGGUGUGCAAAAGGAGGAGAGGAAAUGUCUAGACCAGCCCCAUAAACUAAACUUGACAGCAGUAGAUCUGUCUAAAUGUGGGUCUGCUCCAACCCUGUAUAAAGCAGGAGCUGUGUGGGUGUCUGUUUGAAGAGGAAGAGGGGCAAGGAAGUGAGAGGUGCUGAGUUAUUCUACCUGCAGUCUGACCCCACAGGUACAUCUGAGUUCUCUUCUGUUACAGGAGCCCAGCUGAAAGUUGUGGAACUAGAGGAGAGGUGUCAGGGAGAUAGUUAUAUUUUGAUCUUAAAACAGUAUUCCUUCACCCCACAUCUAGGGUAGAAAUGCCUCAUCCCAUUUCUGGCAUCCCAAGCGUAAGUUUUCUAUAAAUAUUAAUUUUGAUUUUUUUAAAAAGGAAGAUUGACGUGGGAACAGGACAAAACUGAUUUAUGAAUGAGCACAUACAAAAGUGAUAUAGACUGGAUGCAGACUGAUAUGCCAGUCCCUACCUGUGGACAGACAGCAGCAAAGCACAGGGCAAGUUUUACUAAUAGAUUUUGCUUGCACCAGUUGGCCCUCAGUGGCCUCUCCUCACAUAGCACAGGCUGUGCCAGAUAUAUCUGUCUGCCAGAAAAUAUUCCUUUCAGCUUCAGCAGAAUCCUUCAGGAUUACAAGCAGUGGGUAGGUGUCACAUGGCCUAGAUUCACAGCCACUAAUGUACUUGAUGGACACUGCUCUUUUUUAUUCCUGGGACAUCUGGGGGACAGUUUGGGUUUUCUCAUAUUCAUUCACCAGUUAAAAUUAUCCUUGCUGAUCAGUCAGUGAAAGCAGCUUGCCGUAGUCCUUAUUGGAAAUGCAAACCAAUCUCACACAGGCAUAGGAGAUGUACCUUUAUCUAAUCCCUGACCGAACACGUCGGGCAGGAUUUGCUCCCUUGAAUUUCAGAUAUUUGAACUCAUUACUGGAACAAGAUUCCCAGACGCUGUUUCAAAAUUGACUUAUGGAGGCGGAAAGUCAUUCUGUUUCCUGCUGCCAUCAUAAAAAGCAAAUGCAAAUAUGACAUGAGUUUGGUCGGAAUUCUCAUUAAUCAUUCAGCUGAAAUCAUUACAGGAGAUUAAAUGUAUGUGUUCAGCUAUGUUUUAAAUAGCAAGGUCCCCCCACCCUGCUUUCUUGCUCUACGGUAGAAUCGCGCGGAUUUGUAAACAGUUUGGAUAAUUAGUGAAAUAGGUCCAUUUUCUUGACCACCUCAUUAUAAAAUGGUACUUGGGUUUGGCCCACAUGUAACGCUAAGCCAAUCUACGACUUACUGUGAACGAGAAAGUGUGCUGAUGCACAGGGAGGAAAUUGCAGCUACUGUACUGGGAGCUGAGCCCAUGGUUUGGCUUAGAGUUACAUUUCUAAGCUCAUGGUUUCUCUUGCUCCUAACAAGCCAUGAGCUGCAGCCAAAGUUUGUUCUUCGCUUACUGCUCAUGGUUUGUUUGGAUGAUUUAUCUGCAUUAUAUUGUAUAUAAUCUAUAGGGAUACAUGUAGCCUUCCUGAGAAGUAAUAGCCACACACAUCAGUCCUCAGGCAAUUCCAGACAUAAAUUGACCAUUAUCCUGCACUUUCUAGCGCAAUCGCCCUGUCACUUUUCUAACCUUAGAAAGUCUGAUAAGUAAAAUAGCAGAAAAUUGCACUGAAAACUGUGGAUGACAACCACUAGCUGGCAAUGUUGUAUAACCUCCACACAAGCAUGUCAGGUUUAGUGUUCACAAUGACAUCAUAGAACCUUUUGGCAAACUUUGGGCAAACAUUUCCCCUCCCCCCAAAUCUUUUUUAUGGCCAUACACAGCAUAAGGAAGGAGGGGUACAAUCAUUUAAAAUCUAGGGAAGAAAAAACCCCCCACCUUUUUGUAUAAAAAACAAACUAAAAGGAGUAAAAACAGACUAUAUACAUAAAAGUCUAUAAGAAUCCAAAAAAAGCUAGGAAAGUCCAAAAGAAGUAUUAGGAACAUUAGUCAAGAAUGAAACAGCGUAAAAGGUUAGUACAGUUGUACCUUUACUUAUGUUCACCUCUGUUUAUGUAUCCUUUGGGAUACAUGCACGGCAAACCCAGAAGUAUUUUUCCAGGUUUCGCCGCAUGUGCAGAAACUGCACCUCUGGAUUUGCACACCUCGGGAUCUGACUGGAGCUCCAGAAUGGAUCCUGUGCGCAACCGGAGCUACCACAGUAUAUAUAAGACUAUAGCAAUCGGUCUACAGAGCACUCUAAUAUGAGUGCUCAUUAUAUUUAGUUUGUUGCACAGGUCAUAAUCCGUCAAAUUUUGAGAAUGCUGCUGUGCAGAAUCAGGCAAUGUUGCAUGUUGUAGCAGGAUUGGUAUCUAAAAGCAGCAGGGGGGUAUAGAAUUGUCCUGUGCGCCCUGGGUACCAUGCAGUGAUGGUAAGAUGAGGCUAGUACGAAUCACUCUAUAGUAAAGACACUGGAGAAGCACAUGCUCUGUUCUUUCUGUUUGUCCAGAGUCACAGGAGUAUUGCCUCUCCAGAUAAGUAAUCGGCCUUCAAGGACAGCCAAGGGGAGGGCAUGACAUCAAGCCAAGGUAAAGGCCCUCUGGUGCUUAGGGACUUCAAGUUUAGCUAGAUAUGUCAUAGGGGAGGCAGAGUACCUGGAAGAUUCAUUGGCAAUAAAAGUUGGGGUCCUGGCUAGAUCCAACUAGAGCUCAGUAUCUGUAACACAUCGUUUUAAGAGAGCUUUGGGUUGUUCGUAUCCCAUGCUGAGUAGAAAACUUGGACAGAAGCCCAAGGUUGAGAUUUUAGUUACCACAGUCUGUUUCCAUGUGUAUUGAAAAUCAUCGUUCAUAGUUAGUGGGGCAAGACCAAGGGGAAAUAAAGAUCGUCUGAGCCAGUAGUUGAGUAUGGUCACCCACACUCUAGCCUCCACUUUUAUGAAACCUGUCUCUAGUCUCAGGGUGGCAUUAGAGACACAUUUUGGGACUUGAAGAGCUGAUCUUAGGAAUUUGGAUUGUACAAGUUCUAGGGGGCCAAAAUUAGAGAAGGGGCCCACCUGGGCACCAUAGAGAAGUUGUGCUAUUGGUUUGGCUUCAAAUAAUAAUAAUAAUAAUAAUUUAUUAUUUAUACCCCACCCAUUUGAGUGCUGCAGGUAUAUAGUGGCCACCUCUUGUUUUCAGCAACAUGUUUCCCAUGGGCUUUCCUACUGCUGGUAGAGUGAAAAACUACCCCCAGGUAUUUGAAACAAGAGACCUGCUCAACCUUGUGGCCAUCUAUGCUCCAAGAGCAGCUCUUAGGCCUUUGUGCAAACAUAUCAACAUGAAUCCUCAGCCAACAACUGGUCUGGAAGUUGCCUUGGUCACUGUUCUUCUUGUAAAAAAAACGUGAAUGGUGUGGCACAUGAUCUUCCGUGCUGGAGAGGCGGGGUGCACAGCUUCCAGUCAAAUAAUUGAUAAGUGUUCCCACCAGAGUACUAUAUCAAAUACAACUACGAUUCAAUCUUAUAUAUGUUUGCUAGAAAGUAAGUUCUGCUGCAUUACCUGGGGGUAACUCCAUGCAGGAAGUUACCCCCAAUGUUAAACCCACUAACUAGAGAGGCAGGAAACCCUCUGAACACAGCUGGCUUACUUCUGAGUUAAUAUGCACAGAAACUACCAGUGUUUAAUCUAUGCAAGUCAAAUGUCAGUCCCUUGUGUUCAAUGGCACUGUUUCUCUCUCAGAUAUGUACAUAUAGCUGUCCUUUUUUAUUGAUUUUUUUUCAGUGAACAAAUAAAGAGAAAGAAUGGGGGGGGUGGAAGAAAGCGAAAAGUGCUUUGAGACUGUAAUGCAAUAUGAUAUAUAGAUAAAUAAGUACCACUAUUAUUCCAGUGAGUAUACAAGUCAUUACAAUUUCUCUAAAUGUAUUCCAAGUAUCAUUAUAUUUGUCCAUGCACAGUCUGUGUCUAAAAGCAAUCCGUUCAUACAUUGCAUGAGUAUAGCUAUCUUCUUAACAAACUAGCAAAAUAAGAUAGGGGAAGACAUUUUCAAGAUGGGUCAAGAAGAACUUGCCAUAUGGACUGAGGUUUUGCAGGUAACUAGUGAUGAAUUCUUCCUGACUGAUUUUGAAACUUUUCCCUGUGUUAAUUUCACUACUGCAAUGGAAGUGAAAUUCUAGAGGGAGAAGUAUUCCUCCUGCUAAUUAUGCUUCCCCAUAUUCAUUCAUGUAGCAGUCAGCAUAAAUUUAUGUAGCCCUUCAACUAAUUUCAUGCAGGUGGCAAGGACAGAAAAACGAGGAUAGGGGGAGCAUAAAGAGAGAGAUAAAAAGGGCAGCCCAGCCCAUUUUUGCUUUGGUUAUUCCCCUUACUGGAAUGUGGCCUUCAAAAGAAAAAGAAAAAAAGGUUCCCCACUUCUGGGUUACAGAAUACCGUAUUUUUUGCUCCAUAAGACGCACUUUUUUCCUCUUAAAAUCUAAGGGGAAAUGUCUGUGCGUCUUAUGGAGCGAAUGUGUGGUCCCUGGGGCUGGGGGGGGGGACCCAGGCUUCCCCCGCCAGCCUCACAAGCUCGAGGAUCAGCGGGAAGGCUGCGCGCAGGGGGCUGGCAGGGGAAAGCCGGGCUUCCAAGGUAGCCGCCUGAAGCCUUCAGAGCGCAGCGGGAGCUCCCGCUGCACUCCAGAGGCUUCGGGUUGCCUUCACUGAAGGCGACUGAACGGCACCCUGAACGCACUGAACACACCUUAUUUUAGAGGGGGAGAACAAGAAGAAGGGGCUCCAUUUCUCCUGCCGCUUCACUGAAGGGGCGCUGCGCAGAGAGGGGGAGAUUUUUUUUUCUCUUGUUCUCCCCCUCUAAAACAAGGUGAGUCCUAUGGUCGGGUGCCUCCUAUAGAGCGAAAAAUACGGUACUUAUUUUCUUUAAGCAUAAUUUAAAUUGCCUGGAUGCAGAAUUCCGUUCCGUUCUGUUCCAUUCUAUAUUAUGUGAGGUACUCCUCAGUCCUGGACAUAGCUGGAAACUAUAUGAAGUGCAAAGAUUAUAUUCCACUACAACCCCAAAGACUUCAGCUUUUGCACAACAUACUAAAAUGUGCCUUUGACCCUCUCUGAGGUGAUGUGCCAUGUGUAAAUGCUGUCAACACAGGGCAGAUUGUGCGAAAGAAAUCAAAUUAGCACUUCAGCCAUUGCAUAUUUUACAUUGGCAUUGUCGACUGAUUUAAGUGUUGUGUGUGACAGUGCUCUGACCUUAAUGUAGACUAGGAGCUUCCUGGCUCAGUUUUGCCCACAAAUAUUUGGGACCUAAUUAAGGCCGGUUGCUCUGUUUCGGUUCAUAAGCACGUUCGUGUGAGAGACGGGGGCGUGGGGGGAGAUUUGCUGUUUAGUUUCUGCACUGAGCUAAGGCUUACCAAUAUGUAAACAAUAAUGCAGCCGAUGGCAGUGCUGCUAGGAGACGAUGACACAACCCAGUCAGAUGAGGACAGAAUGAAAUGUGAAUCCAGAAGUCACCUUGUUUAAUGGAGGCGGGUCAACUGCUCAAGUGUGUUCAGUAGGAUCUUAGUGUCACGGGUGGGUGACCUUAUUAGUGAGCAAUGCACACAUCUGACAGCUCUCUUCACACCAAAGAGAAACCGCUGCACUUCUCUCAACCAGCCCUUUUCAGUGAAAUAUAUCAUUGUACAGGUAGAUGUACAAAGAUUUGGCCAAUCAAAAUGUUUUAUGGGCUUCAGGACCGUUGCUUUUCCUCAGUAUGCUGUUGGGAGUAGAGGCAAAGGGAUCUGUCAGUGUUGGUUCUCACAGUUGUUCAUUUUUCCAGCUGCAAUUUUAUGCAGCAACCUUUUUAAAAAAAUGGUCCUAAAAGUUCUCAAGCAUUUAAGUGCAAACUUUUCCCAAUAAACAUAUGUUUGUAUGCAUGUUUUGACUAAUGGACACAUUUCAGCAAGCAGUUUCUUAUAAUACAAUGCAUUUGUGUAUGUUAACCUUUAUUAAUACAUGCAUUUAUAUGCAUACUUUACCCUAGUAUAUGCAAUUUUUGUACAUAUUACUUGCAUUGAAAAAUUCAGAUAAAUUUGAAUUUAGAAGGAUGUCUGUUUCUGUUCUCAUAUUGUUUUGGAAAAUGUGUACAUGCUGCAGAAUUGUGUACAAAGAUGUGUUUAUUAGGAGAAAUUUGCUGAUGAAUUUUCAUGAAGACUCAAUAAAAUAAACGUGCAAACUAAUGUGGAACUGUGGAGAACUGAAGAUCAGAAAAGUUGAGAAACUGGGAAAAAUAGAAAUUGACAGAUUCACCCAUUCCUGUCUCUGUGACAGUUUCCCAGUCCAGUAGCAGACUAUGAAAGGGGGGGGGGGCUACUUAAAUCAGAGAACUGUUAUGAGAGGAAGGGUUAACUCACACCCUUCUCCACCAUGGCUGUGGGGAAACUGGCAGCCUUCCCUCAGCUACAUUUCAUUAACAAAAAUAUAAGAUUGGGAGAUCGAAAUCACAGAUCUCCCAUCAGUAAUUAAUAGUUUGGCCUCAAACCAAAUAAUAAUUAAAGUUUUAGAGAGACCAUUGUUCAUCUUUGAAGAAAAAGAAUGCAACUUGAAAUCAAGGCGUCAAUCAAAUGAUAAAUCCAUAUUAAUCACAAUGCACUUACAUUCGGAAAAUGGGUUGAUCUGCUUUUAUUACCAGAUGGAUAACAGUCAGAAGGUAUAUACUAAGGCAUACAAAGUGCUCUUAGGAUCACUUGUGAUAGCUCCACUAGUUCUGAGUUAGGAUUGAAUUUAUAUCUUUUAUGUGCAAGUUCCAAAAUCUAUGCCCAAGAUUGCCUUGGUGUUCGUAAUGUGAUCUUGAAUUGUAGGUUGCUUCCACGCUAAUACUUUUUUCUGGAGUUGCCCCUUCAGUCAAUGUCAUUGCCAAAUUGUUGCAUUCUAGUGCUUUCUGUGUUGUUUUCCAUUGUUUAUUAGACCUAGUUUCUGAUAAAAUGUGAAUGUAGCACCUGCCUGCCCAGCAACAAAGCAUUACUAAGGCUUUUAAGUACUACUUCACUUUUAAUUAAAAGCUUCCUGCUUGCAAGGUCUGCCUCCUUUCUCCCCCCCUAUUCAGCACAGCUAUGGGGUUACUGAUGAAUUGGCCCUUUCUUUUUCCUUAACUGAUUAUCUUCUCUUUCCUCUAUGAGGUGAUGAGACUGUGAUGAAGCAACCUUGGUCCUUCCCCGGUGGUUUUGUUUCUGCCUUACGCUUCCUAAUUCCACUGGAAUUUCAUGCUGGUUGACUGUCUCUUGGCGAUGUUUAAAAAUCUCUUUUUGCCUUUUCUAGGUCCUGAAUACUUGAAGAGGCGACUGCUCCAGGAGCUCAUGGAGAAUGAAGAGAAUAUAGAGAAUACUGAAGAGCCACCACCUGUGGAACAGCCACCUCCACCACCACCUCCAGAGAGCCCUCAGGUUGAGGAGCAAGAUUCCACCAAGCCCAAAGAAAGUCCCGCUCGAACGCCUUCACCAGCUGGAACACCACCUGAGGUCAAACGAGCGAAGCAAGGUUCUCAGAAAAGCCCUGGGAGCUGGAAUGGAGAUCACGGCAAGGAUGGCAGCGGCACGGGAAGUAGGCCCAACACACCUUCUAAAGCUUUGCUAGCACCUGCAGAGAAGGCAGCAGGUGGUAGUAGGCCUGCUUCCCAGAGCCCCAGCCACCCUAGCCAUGUGAGGGUUGCUGCUGACCAGAUGGAGAUCAAACCCCUUCAGAGGAUACAUCAUGAAGGCGACGUUGCAUUAUUUCAGGGCUAUCACAGCUAUGCUGUGAGGACCUCCCCGGUUACUCCCCCAGUGGACUUUGAGGAAGAAUCAUUCCCUGACUCCAAGUUGCCUGCCAAGCCAAGUUCCCCAGAGCCCAAAGCUGAUGUGAAGGCCAUUGAGCACAAACCGGAGCCGCAAAAGAGGGGAGGUACACCUGUCUCUCAGCAUGAAGCAGCUCAUGAAGAAAAAAAAGCACUCAGAGCAGAACCUAAGCAGGAUCUCAAGCAACACCCGCCACCAGAACCCAAAGCAGAAGAGAAAGCCGAAGCUGCAGCUGAAGGCAAGCCUGAACGGAAAACUGAAACGAAGGUGGUGGCCAAAACUGACCCCAAGGCUGUGGUGAAGAAAGUUGCUUCACCAGAGGCAGCAACGAAAGAGGUGGAAGAGCAUGAAGAGGUGCUGCUACAUGGUCUUUAUAAAGGAGAGGGGAGUGUUUUUUUUUCCAUUGGGGGCUGGAUAGGGGAGGGAAAGAAGCAAAUAAUAAUCUGAAUCUCCUUUUCAAUUUCUUGUUUGCUUCCCUGCUGUCAUUUGUGCCACAUUGCUUUCAUGUACAAAAACCGAGGUGGGUACAUAAGUGCACGACAUGCGUGCACCUGAUUUGGACUGCUGUCUAGAUGUGAAAACUUAUUUUCAAAACUGCAGUACUGUGUGAAUUGUUAUGUGUUCCAUUCCAUCAGAUGGGGCUGUAAGGUACUGUGAAUUGACAUUUUUAAGUCAGGUCAAUAAAUACUACCAGAUACAGAUAGGAUUUACUCAGGUGUAACAGUUUGGGGUGUUUUUUGUGUGUGUAUAUCACCUAUCACUUUUCCACCUCCUGCCAAACAAUAAAAAUAAAAAAUAGCUAGAGCAAUCUUCUAGCUGUAAAGUUUGCUCUGUGGUUCAGAAGAUUUCUCUCUCUCUCUCCACACACACACACACACACAGAGAGAGAGAGAGAGAGAGAGAGAGAGAGAGAGAAAUCUUCUGUGCUAUCUAUAUUUCCAGUAUCACAGCCAUGUUAAAAUACAUGUUGUGGUUUGCUGAAAAUGUUAACUUUGUUGACUUACUGCUAGGGUGAGUGUUCCUAAUUGUAGAACAGGAUUGGCAUCAAUGGCAGCUGGUGCUCAUUGGGGCUGGUAGUACAGAGGGUAGCUGAUGAUUGGUGAACUCAGGGGUAGCAUAGGCAGAGUGAAUGGUAGGCAGAGCGCUUCAAGGCAGCAAACCUAUUCACCCCCACAGAAGAGUAAGUGAGCAUCUUGGAACUUGCUUCUGAAUAAAAAAAUGCACAUGAUUCUAUUCACAAUCACACCUCAUCAGUGUAAUUAAUCAUUUCAUAUAGUGAUAAUACAUCAUUCUGAUAGAGAAGCCAGCAAAUAUUACCUUCAAGAACAGAGCUAUUAAUCCCAAACAGCCCAAUCCAAUGCAUGGUUACUUGGAAGUAAGCCCUGCUGGGUGCUCCCAAUAAAGCUAUAUUGCAAACUUCCCAGCCUGGUGCCCUCCAGAUGUUACAGUUCCAACCAUCCCUAACUAUUGGGCUUGCUGGCUGGGGCUGUUUAGAGUUGGAGUCCAACAAUAUCUGGAAGGCAUCAGGUUGAGAGCAGCUGGUGUAUUGGAGUGCCGGGUUAGAAUUCCCCACUUUUUCUUUUAGCCGUGCUUCUGUGUCUGACAUGCAGAAAUUGAACAGGUAUGGCUAUAUCCAUGGUGGGGAAAACAUCUUCCAGCCUGAGUUUCUGCCUGUAUACUUAGAAGUGAUUUCCCCCAAAGUUCAUAUGAGUGCAGCAUUCACCUGCUUUUUUAAAAAAACAGGCUAAUGCUGAAUUCACAGGAGCAGAGCCAGCACAAAAGGGGUUAACAUUCCUGCUGUCAUUCUACAGUCUAGAAAAAUGACUCAGGUGGUAUAUUUGCAGAAGACAAAUUUGGUUACCAUCUUUUCCGUGCACAGGGCUCCAGUGCCUUUAACAGCUGCAGGAAAGGCAGGUAUGCAACAUGUGUAGCUUUUCCCAAAAUGAAGAUUUAGCACAGCUUGCUCCAGGCAUCAAAAUGAACAUUACCCCAAAUAUGAUGGCAUGAGACUGACCUGCACAAAUGUUUAGGUGCGGUGAUGAUGGAAUGAAAGCAAAUAACCCUAACCCUAUUGAUUUCAUUAGUACUUACUGCAGGACAAGGGUGGCUAACCUGUGAAGCUCCCAUCAGCUUCAGCCAGCAUGGUCAGUGGACAAGGAUUAUGGGAGUUGUAGUCCAACCACGUCUGGCGAGACACAAGUUCCCACCACUGCUCUAUGAAUUGCUUCUGACAGUGGUGGCUGUAAUGCAUAAAAGCCCUUGACAGAACUAUUUUUGCUUUCACAAGUGAGGAAGUUUUUCAUCUGUGUCUUCUAAAUCACGGUAGAUAACAUUAUACUCUUGUUGUUGUUUUUUCCUUAGGGACCUAACACAAUCAUCAUUUGCAUGGUCAUCCUAUUGAACGUUGGCCUCUCCAUCUUAUUUGUCCAUUUUCUGACAUGA